GAGACAGCAGAUGAGGCAGCAGCAACAGCAGCCGCCCGAGCCUGGUGACAUCAGCGCCAGGGCUUCAGCAGCCACCUGCUCCCAGCCAGAGAGAGGAAGAGAGAGGAAACUGCUGGGAACCCCCGAGGAUCCUCCUCCUGCUGCUGCUGAUCUCCCAGAUCUCCCCUCCACCCAUCCCAUCCCUUGGAGACCCCUCGCCCUCCAGGUAAGGGGCGCCGAUUGCAUGGGCCACCCGGGUUGGGAGGGCUGGCUUUCUACGUGCAGGGAACCCCAGAUGAUCCCACCGAGCUCGAUCUGAGCCAGGCGGAGCCUGGGAGAUCUCUCUUCACCAUCAGAAGGCUCUUUUUUUUAUUUUUUGCCUCCUCUUCUGCCUGCAGCAGCUGCUGAUUGGAGCCUCCCGGGUCCCAAAGGCAGAUGCGUUCUGUCUUCCAUGACUCUUUAUAAAGUCAGGAGAGAGUAAGCCGGGAGAUCGGGCGGUGGGGUAAACACUGCGCCCCCGGUGCAAGUUGCAGAAGGGAAAUAAAAGUUGGCUGGCGCUGCUGCGAAAAGUCUUGGUUUGCUGGGAGCGGAACUUGCACUCUGAAACCCCAGCUGCAAGCAUGCUGGCCUCCUGGAAAUAAGUAAAAUUAAUAUUAGAUCCCGAAAAUGGCUUUGGAAACAGAGUAGUACAUAGUAGUAGGUUGGAGGAAGUUGUCUGGGAAUUCGGGGUUCUGGGGUUUCCCAAGAGUUGGGGGGAUACCUCUGCAGAGGACAUGUAGCCUUGUGGUUAGAGCAAGGGCACCUUAUCGUCCAUUGUUCAGGAAGCAGCAGUGGGGUGAGAAGGGGACAGCCCUGCAGAGCUGGAGCAGAACCCUGAAUUUCAGGAGGGCAUCAUGGGUAAGAAUGGGCGCAGCAAUAAAACUGCGGGCACGUUUGCGAAGCUAAGCAGGGUCUGGUAUGGUUUCAGAUUGGAUGGGCAACCUUGUAUUGAGAUUCCUGCAUUGCAGGGGGUUGGACUAGAUGACCAUUGGGUCCCUUCCAACUCUAGAAUUCUGUAAUUCUUCCGUCACAAGCUGUGUGUGACUGGAUGCCUAUUCCCCUUCAGCUCUGGGGGGAAAGGCGUAUGUGUAUUUAGUUUGCAUGCUGAGCAUUGUCGCUAUUCUCUCCCCCCCCCCCCCCGAAAAACUGGGGUGCCAUUUCUGCACCCCAUGCAGGAAAUGAAUGAGCUUGCAGAGCUUUUGAAUGAAUAAACAUUCUGGCUUGGGUGGCCUUAGCUGCAAGAUAAGUUCAGGUGACAAACGCCCCCCCCCCCCAUUUCUGGCCUGGAAUAUGUGGGGAAUUCCAACUGAGAAUUAUCUCUCAUCCCCUUGUGGGUGCUCUGUUUAUAGUGAAAAUAGGGGGAGUGUUGUUGGGCAGCAAGCGGCUUGCAUUUGGGCACCGGUAAACACCUGACUUUGCCGUCCUCUGACGCUGGCAGUGCCGCAGAGCGUUCUCUUCUUUGAAUGGCUUCCUGGCUCUGGCACCACUCCUGGCUUUCCUGAAUUUGUGCAGUUGGCUCGUAGUUCACGACCAGGGGGCUAUUCAUUCAGUGUUGCUUGACUGAGGCAGGAAAUCCCAUAAGCGACUCUUCCUCUGCCCUGGCAGAAAAAUAAAAAUCAUGCUAAUAAAUUAAAUAACGAAACCAUCUGCCGCCCUUUCAGGACACACCAAAUCAAUACCUGCCAUCAUGGGCAUAUAAUAACUCUGCAGUCUUGACCAUAGCAUUCUCUGAAUUAAACUGGAUUGUGGGUGUGCACCCACCCACCAGGGCACCACUUCUUGGCGUGACUAAGAGAGACAGGUUGGCAGUGAUGGGGUUCCUGAAUUUCCUAUCUGCCCAAGGCUGUUGGCUCAGCAAUCAAAUGAUUGGUUAAUAAAGGAACCCCGGGCAGGGGUAGCCCAAGUCAUUUUGCUGCCUGAGGCGGAAAGACAAGAAGGCAAAGUCUUGUUCUGAAGCAGACCUGAUUGACAGCUGUCUCUCACUUCAAUACUAGCAAAAGGAGGGACAUCGUGUCCUUAGGGGUUGUAGGUCAGGGCAGGUGGCACACGCAGCUCUGCUUCCCAAAAGCACAUUGUCACCCAGUAGCAACUGCUGCCUGAAGCAGCUGACUCACUCUGUCUAAUGGUAGGGCCAACUCUGACCUUGGGAACUUCAUGAAGCCAGUUCCUUCGAAUCUUGGAUUUGUUUGCGUGCUUCUGGACUUGUAUAUUUAUUCUACCCAUCCUUGGUGUUAGGAAGAGUGAAAUUACUUGAACUAUAAACAAGGCUGUAUAUGAUUUGUGUUUACCCCUCCCCACAAAGAAAACUGCAGCAGGAGAAGGCAGGUUCUGUAUGCCUCUGUGUUAAAAAAACCCAACACACAUAAUAAGAGAAAUGUGCAUAUUUUUCAUUUUUUUAAAAACCAACAAUUCUGCAUUUUUGUAUUUUGCAUGACUUCUUUUGGUUUUGCUAAUCAUGAGUAGGGGUAAUGAACCAGCUGGGCAUUAAAAGCCUCUCCUCUAACCCACUGGAAAUCUUAUUUAGCCACCUCUUUUGGCAAGCAUUGCCUACACAUUUUCAAACACAUCUUUGCGUCAUGCAGAGAGAAAGGGGGGGAUGAAAUUAGCAGGAGGCUGUAUUCUCUUCCGAAUACCAGAGUCUUGUGUUCUGGCAGAAUCACAGCCCUUCUUAUAAAUGAGGGUCAGACCCCCCAUUUGAAUGAGACCUCUCUAUUAAAAUGGUAAAGGAAGUAUUAGUUGUAUGGCAUAUUGUUAGUCUGUGUGCAAAAGAGGGCUGUCUUUUGCAAGAGCAUGGAUUUCACAAUAGCUGAUAACUGUUCAAGGAGGUUUAAGGAACUAGGGAGAUCCCAAGAUAUGGAACAACGUUUACCUGAAUAAUGUCAUUCAGGCAUGGUGAUGAUGAUGAUGAUGAUGAUGAUGAUGAUGAUGAUAAUUUAUUUCUUUAUACCCCACCCAUCUGGCUGGGUUUCCCCAGCCACUCUGGGCAGCUCCCAACAGAAUAUUAAAAACACAAUAAAACAUCAAACAUUAAGAACUUCCCUAAACAGGGCUGCCUUCCAAUGUCUUCUUAAAGUCAGAUAGUUGCUUAUUUCCCUGACAUCUGAUGGGAGGGCGUUCCACAGGGCGGGCGCCACUACUGAGAAGGCCCUCUACCUGGUUCUCUGUAACCUCACUUCUCGCAGGGAGGGAACCUCCAGAAGGCCCACGGAGCUAGACCUCAGUGAUGGGGGUGGAGACAAAUUGAUUAUUGGCAAAUUGAUAAGUAGUAGCUGUUGUUUUCCUUUCAGCUAUGCACUGUGGACGCAGGUGGCACUGUGGGUUAAACCACAGAGCCUAGGACUUGCCGAUCAGAAGGUCAGCGGUUUGAAUCCCCGUGACAGGGUGAGCUCCCGUUGCUUGGUCCCUGCUCCUGCCAACCUAGCAGUUCGAAAGCACGUCAAAGUGCAAGUAGAUAAAUAGGUAUCGCUCCGGCGGGAAGGUAAACGGCGUUUCCGCGCACUGCUCUGGUUCGCCAGAAGCGGCUUAGUCAUGCUGGCCACAUGACCCGGAAGCUGUACGCCGGCUCCCUUGGCCAAUAAAGCGAGAUGAGCGCCGCAACCCCAGAGUCGGCCACGACUGGACCUAAGGGUCAGGGGUCCCUUUACCUUUACCUAUGCACUGUGGAAGUGGUUUGGAAACCUGGUGCCCUGUGAUGCUGUUGAACUACAACACCUGUUGGCCUCAGCUAGCAUGGCCAGUGGUUGGGGUGAUGGGAAUUGAAAUCCAGCAGAUAUCUGGAGGACCAGAGGAUAUGUACCACUGCCCUGUGCAAAUGGAUGUUCAGUCUUUGAGUACCUCAGCAUAUUCCUUGCCACAUCCUUUGGUUCAGUUUCGACAUCCUGCUAAACAAUAGUUAAGGAAGUAAAGUGUGGCUUAGCAUGAAGUCUGAAUUGACAAAUCAUGGUUUGCCAUCAGCCGGCAAAUCAGAACUGGAAGCCAUGGUUUUAAGUGGGUUUGGCAUGAUUGGUUUGCAGUGGCCUGUCUUCGUCUCCAGAUUACUGCACUUAGAUAUGAGAAUGCUGAGCAGAUGGGAAAUAAAAAUAGACAAACAGGCCUAUACAGUGGUACUGCGGGUUACAUACGCUUCAGGUUACAGACUCCACUAACCCAGAAAUAGUACCUCAGGUUAAGAACUUUGCUCCAGGAUGAGAACAGAAAUCGUGUGGCGGUGGCGUGGUGGCAGCAGGAGGCCCCAUUAGCUAAAGUGGUGCUUCAGCUUAAGAACAGUUUCAGGUUAAGAACAGACCUCUGGAACGAAUUAAGUUCUUAACCCGAGGUACCACUGUACCAUGAUUUGCCUGUACAUAUUUUGAGUUCUGAACAGUGGAGUGGUUCAGCUAUAGCAGGGGUCAGCAACCUUUUUCAGCCAUGGGCCGGUCCACUGUCCCUCAGACCAUGUGGGGGGCCGGACUAUAUUUUUUGGGGGGAAAUGAACGAAUUCCUAUGCCCCACAAAUAACCCAGAGAUGCAUUUUUAAUAAAAGCAUACAUUCUAUCAUGUAAAAACACCAGGCACGCCCCACAAAUAACCCAGAGAUGUAUUUUAAAGAAAAGGACACAUUCUACUCAUGUAAAAACAUGCUGAUUCCCAGACUGUCCGCGGGCCGGACUGAGAAGGCGAUUGGGCCGCAUCCAGCCCCUGGGCCUUCGGUUGCUUACCCCUGAGCUAUAGCAUAACAUUUUAAUUUGCCAAUUCUUGGGUUUGGAAGAUAUGGGCAUAUACAAGCCUGAAGCUCGGACUUGACGGCCAAACCUCAGUUAAGAUGAAGUCCAAACCAGCAAAAAACAUAAUUUAGAAUGAUAUCUGAAUGGUAGAUGGCAUCAGGUCUUCAAAAUGACCGUGAAUGAUGGGAUGUUUCACAUACCUACAGAGCAGCCAUAGUCUGAAAUAUUUUUUGGUCUAAGAGUCUUAUGACCUGAUCCUAUGCAUGGAUAUUAGAAGUAUGUCCUGGUCAAUGGAAAAUACUCUGAAGUAAGCAUGCAAAGUUUUGCAGUGGGGUUAAUCGUACAGAACUGUGUUUGAUCUUGGUGAACUCGUACCAGUAUGCCUGAGUCAGGGGAGCGAGUGUUACAGAAUCAUAGAAUUGUAGAGCUGGAAGGGUCCAUGAGGGUCAUCUAGUCCAACCCCCUGCAGUGCAGGAAUCUUUUGCCCAAUGUGGGGCUCAAACCCACAGCCUUAGAUUAAGAAUCUCAUGCUCUGAUGUUGUUCUCUCUUUGAGUAAACACCAGCCUGCUAGCAUUGUGCCAGUGUUGCCUUAACCCUGGCUUGCCUGGUUGCCUAUGGCUAUUAAAAAAAAUGCCUUUGGGAAUUCAGGGAACUGGGCAGAGAAGCAUUUGCUAAUUGGAAAAGUUGCUUCAUUCUUUCAAGCCAAUAAUGCUACAACCAAGCAAUAUAAGUACCGUAGUUCUCCAUCUAUAAGGUGUCCCCAUGUAUAAGACGCCCCCUAUUUUGGGGGACUCCGAUUUAAGAAAGUGGGGGGGAGAGAUCUACCCGUGUAUAAGACGCCCCCAAAUUUUGGACAUCAUUUUUUAGGAAAAAACCCUAGUCUUAUACAUGGAAAAAUAUGCUACAUGUGGGGGGGGGUGAGCUAGUUCAGUUUUUUGUGGGCUAGGGUUAACUUUUGUCAGUUUGUUUUGUAGCAGCCCGAGCCCACUCCCAGUCACAUAUUCAGAGUUCAAGUAUUUGCCCUAUUCUGCACCCCCCCAAUGUAUUUAAAAUAAUUCAAGAAAACAUAACAAGGAUAAACAUUCACAUAAAUUUAAUAGAAGGAGAUGCAUCCAUAUUAUGAUAGCUUCAUCUCCCCCAAUCUCCAGGUAAAAACAAUGAAAAGAGGCUUGUAGCUCCUUAAAGAACAAAUUUAUGAUGGCAUAGUAUUUUGCGGACACUGAUGAAGUGUUAUCCGAAGUUGACAUUGGUUAUAAUGGAUGUUUUAAGCUGCCUUAAAGGUGGAAAGGUGGGAUAUAAAUGUUUUAAGUUAAUCAAGGGUGAGACCUCCGAGACUUAUAUUUCUGAUCCCAGAAAAGGCACAUCUAUGUACACAUGUUCCGGUCAUGCUGGGUCCAUAAACAUUCAGUGUUUUCCAAAAUGUAGGAUGAUUCGCUGAAAGAGUCCUCUAGGACCAGUUAACCACAGCCUGGAGGAAAAGUGAUAAGGAGAGAAAAGGUGUGCAAGAUUCUGGACUAUAGUCUGGGGGGAGGAUAGGUGUAUGUUUCUUUGGGAUGGAGAGCCUGUGGCCCUCUGGAUAUUGCUGGUAGUUCAACUCCCAUCAGCCCCAGCCUGCAUGGUCAUUGGCAAACGAUGAUGGGAGCUGUUAUUCAUCAAUAUCUGGAAGGACACCGGUUCCCCAUAUCUGGCAGGUUUGGGAGGCAAUGUGUUGAUAGUUGCAUGAGUGAAGUGCAGAAAUACUCGAUUGCGUUUUUCUCUGUCGGGAGGCAGAUAAUAAACUUGGGCAAUCUUGUUUCGGAGGACAGAGAGGGUGAGGAGAGAUAAUGCUUUCAUGUAUUUUGUUUGGGGGACGCUGCCUCCAAACAGAUCUCUGCUCCAAGGCCACUUUCCCACCGGAAAGUAGCUCAGUACAGCAAAGCAUCUGUGUGUGGGCAGCAGCCUGUGCCCAUGUGGGAGAUAUGCCUUUCUGUGCCUCUGGUAGCGUCGGGAGGAGAAUAUCCCACAAAACACUCUCCUCGCACACUCGAGAUCACAAGCUGGGAGCGCUCCUUAGCCUGCUUUCCACUGCGACCCUGUGCAUUUUUAUGCAGAAGCAAAUCCUCCGCUGGCAGCAGGGCUUACUCUCAGGAAAGCUUUUCUAGAAUCGCAGCUUCUCAAACCAGCGCACGGUGCUGCUGACAACCAAGUCAGGCUCAGGGCGACCACCAGCCUUGUGCGUUGAUAGUUCAGUUGGUUAGAGCAUGGUGCUGAUUAUGUCAAGAUUGGAGGUUCGAUCCCUGUAUGGGACAGCUGCAUAUUCCUGCAUUGCAGAGGGUUGAACUAGAUGAUCCUCAUCCAACUUUACAAUUGUACGUCAGUAGGGGUGCUAAGUCCCUGCUCCUGCCAACAUAGCAGUUCGAAAGCACGUCAAGGUGCAAGUAGAUAAAUAGGUACCACUCCAGCGGGAAGGUAAAUGGUGUUUCCGUGUGCUUCUCUGGUUCGCCAGAAGCGGCUUAGUCAUGCUGGCCACAUGACCUGGAAGCUGUACGCCGGUUCCCUUGGCCAAUAAAGCGAGAUGGGUGCUGCAACCCCAGAGUCGGUCACGACUGGACCUAAUGGUCAGGGGUUCCUUUACCUUUACUAGGGGUGCUAGAUGACACAACUUUGAUGGCAGAAAGUGAGGAGGAAUUAAAGAACCUUUUAAUGAGGGUGAAAGAGGAGAGUGCAAAAUAUGGUCUGAAGCUCAACAUUAAAAAAACCAAGAUCAUGGCCACUGGGCCUAUCACCUCCUGGCAAAUAGAAGGGGAAGAAAUGGAGGCAGUGAGAGAUUUUACUUUCUUGGGCUCCAUGAUCACUGCAGAUGGUGACAGCAGUCACGAAAUUAAAAGACGCCUGCUUCUUGGGAGAAAAGCAAUGACAAACCUAGACAGCAUCUUAAAAAGCAGAGACGUCACCUUGCCAACAAAGGUCCGUAUAGUUAAAGCUAUGGUUUUCCCAGUAGUGAUGUUUGGAAGUGAGAGCUGGACCAUAAAGAAGGCUGAUCGCCGAAGAAUUGAUGCUUUUGAAUUAUGGAGCUGGAGGAGACUCUUGAGAGUCCCAUGGACUGCAAGAAGAUCAAACCUAUCCAUUCUGAAGGAAAUCAGCCCUGAGUGCUCACUGGAAGGACAGAUCGUGAAGCUGAGGCUCCAAUACUUUGGCCACCUCAUGAGAAGAGAAGACUCCCUGGAAAAGACCCUGAUGCUGGGAAAGAUGGAGGGUGCAAGGAGAAGGGGACGACAGAGGACGAGAUGGUUGGACAGUGUUCUCGAAGCUACCAGCAUGAGUUUGACCAAACUGCGGGAGGCAGUGGAAGACAGGAGUGCCUGGCGUGCUCUGGUCCAGGGGGUCACCAAGAGUCUGACACGACUAAACAACAACAACAGGGGUGCUAACCCGAUCCACUUAUUUCGGAUGCAUUGCUGGUUUCUCUCUCUCUUUUUUUUAAGCGCCCUUGUGCGUAGGGCAAUCUCUUUCUCAAUCAGACGGUGUCGCUCGGGGCGGGGAUGCUUGUCACGCUUGUCUCUCUCUCUCUCUCCUUGCGUGUGACUCACAAGCAGGCAAGAGGAGAGACGACUGCUCUGGCUGAAGGCCUGGAGGAGAAAAGUGUGUGCGCGCUCGCCCGCCCGCCCGCCCUCCUGCUUGCUUGCUUGCUUGCUGCUGCUGCUACUUCUUGGCUGUAUGGAAAAGGAAGUGUUUGGCUCCAGCAGCUGGGGAAGAGGAGGGGCUCCCUUUACAAAAGCCCCAACCAUCUGUCUCUCCUCGCCUGCACCUUGCAGCAGUGCCGCACCGUGCAGGGCGCGCAGCCUCCAAUGGCCUCCGGGGGUUGUUUGUUUGUAUGCGCGGGUGUGGGCGGCUGCUUUUUCACCAGAUCCUGUGACACACAAAAGCGGAGAGGGAGAGAGGGAGAGGGAGGGAUGGAGGAGUUUCCAAGCCGCCAGGGAGAGAACCAAUCUAGAUCUGUCCAGCCCACCUUCGUCCUUAGCCACCGACCACCCACCCAGGAGCAGCCCUGCGCGCAUUUCGCAGGACAUGGGAAGCGCAGGCCGGCGAAGCUCUUGAUUCUCGCUGAUCCCCAGCCAUCUUCCCAAGCCUACACCCCCCCUUAUGCUUUGCUUUCUCUCCUCGGCCCCGCCUGUAUCUCUCUCUCUCUCUCUCUCGAUCCUCCUAGGGAGCGAGCAAAUAGAUGGCAAGGCAGCGGCGUGCCCCGAGGAGGAGGGCGGUCGGCUUGUUGUCUGCAGAGGCUGCGAAGCGGGUGGCUGAAUGAUGCGGCGUGGGCGGCUGGCGAAGAAAGCGCUCUCUCUCUUUCGCUCUCUCUCUGGGAGAGGAAGGGAGGGAACCCCAAGGGAUCUCUCCAGGAAAGAGCCUCUAUGAAGGAUCCCCCCACUUGCAGGAGGAGUGUACCUCGAAACUCUCGCCUGUGCCUCAGAUUGCCUCAUUCCUUUAAUGCAGAGGUUCACUUCUCAACUUGGGUUCUGUUCUGCACUACUUGCCAGGUCUUCCACAUAGGCCCUCCAAGUGCCCCUAUUUUCCAAGGACCUUCCGGAUUUUCAGAAGCCGCCCUGGUUUCUGAUUGGAUCCCGGAAUGUCCUGCUUUUCCUUGGGAAAAGCCCCUAUUUUCAUUGGAGAAAUGUUGGAGGGUGUGAUGUCACACUUGGGCUGACUUCCCCAUCUGCUAAAUGGGCAUAAUACUCUGCCCUAGGUUUCUAGAAUUAGUGACACAAGAAACCUCCCUCUGCCCUCAGCCCUAAACUUUUGGAGUUAGCCUGGUUAUAAGCCUUUCUCGAAAGCUUUAACUUUUGGAGUACAUGGAGGUGAUACGCACGCACACACACACACACACACACACACGAUCCCAGUAAUCCUUAGCAACAGCCCAGGAGGCUAGGUCAUUAUUAUCACCCCUGCAUUUCAAAUGGAGGAAAGCUGAGGCUUUGGAGUACAGUGAGCAUAAAGCCAUCUGGCAAGGUCAUAGCUGAGUUUGAACCAAGGACAAAGGAUGCCUUUGGUCUCUGGAAGGACCAAGACUGAGCUCUAGCAGUUUUCUUCCACUUGGUGCCCUUGCGUACAUUUUGGACUACAACUCCCAUCAGUGCUGGUUGGGAGUGAUGGGAGUUGUAGUCUAAAACGACUGGUGGGCACCUCGUGGGGAAAGGCUCAGCAAGAGGGUCUCAGAACUGAAUCCAGGUUUCUGCUUUAGAUCAGCCUGACCCUAGAAGGGUGAGGAACCUCAGGCUUGGGAGCCAAAUAUCUGACGUUUGGAAAUCUUCCCAAGGACACAACCCUCACUGGCCCCAGUUUGCAAAACACACAAAAACCCCCACAAAACCAGUGUUUUUGUGUGGCUGUAUUGUGUCCUUGAACUGUGACAAUGCCUUCUGCUUGUAGAAGCAAGCCAACUGUCCAAAGUUUAAAAUUUACAUUUGUUUCUGCACCCCACUGGUCUUGCCCACCACUAGCAUGUGGGGAAGGUUGCCCAGAAUGGAGUACUGUCCGCAGGCUGGGGCGAUAAACCGAUUCCCCUUCUGUAGAAGAUGCCUCCUUCUCACUGGGCAACCUGCAGUCAACAAGGUCACAGGUCAGAAGGGGACAGACAAGGGCGGUCCUUGCAAAGAGUAUAAAAAUGCAGCGGUUCCUCUGCUCUCCCAGCAGCCAAAGGAAGCAUGCUGUGUCUUGUCUAGGGUUGCCAUAUUUCAAGCAGUGAAAAUUCAGACAGAAAAGUUGUUGAGCUUUUUGGGCAAUAUCGCUUUUUAAAAAAAAUGCAUUUUUGAGCUAUUUUUAUGGGGAAAUGGAACUGCCGACUUGGGCUGCCAUACACCUGGAUUUUCCCGAUGUCCUGAUUUGUUUUGUGUUGCAGAGAGGAGGGGAGGAGAUGUGAGCAGCUGUCAGGUUCUGUGUGCAUUUUGUAGUAUUUUACUCUGAAGAGUGGCCCCCUUUCUCCACCGUUACAAGAGAUUGCAGUCUGCCCCAGCAUAUUAUUGUGGGGAGGGAGGCUGGUUCACACAUGCAUGUAACGUUGCUUGAUUUCUCAUCGCUUGAUGACUUAACAUACUGACCUCCUUCAAGCAUAGAACGAAGCUGCAGAGCCAUCCUGCCCUGCAAGGACCUGCAGCCCCCACAUAUCAGCUACAGAUGCCACGGAAAAGCACAGAAAGCAAAGCCUACACUCAUAGACACCUAGGCUUUCAUGUGUUCUGGAUUUCAUGCUGGGUUCCAGAAUGCAUGUCUGUAUGUUUUACAGGUUUAUGCAAGUGGACUUUCCUUUGCAGGUGUCCGCACUUAAAAGUGUGGACAUUAGGGUCAGGAGUAAUAACACCAUACAACAUUGGGGGCAGGGCCUGUAGUGCAGCCCUGCAGCUCAGUCCUACAUAGAACUAUAGAUUUCAAAGGGACCAUGAGGAUCAUCUACUACUCCAACCCCCUGCAAUGCAGGAAUCUUUUGCCCAACCUGGGCUUGAAUCCACAACUCUGAGAUUAAGAGUCCCAUGCUCUACCGACUGAGCCAUGUGAUGCCCCAUCCUCUGACGUAUGCCCAACAGAGGGCUUUGAUGUCUCAAAGCUGAACGGAGCUCCCUUCGGAAGGAUUUUGUUAGAGGCGCAGCGAGUUCUGCGAUGGCUCAUUCAGUUUCACCCUCUCAACUCAACUCAUACAGUGGUACCUCAGGUUACAUACGCUUCAGGUUACAGACUCCGCUAACCCAGAAAUAUUACCUCGGGUUAAGUACUUUGCUUCAGGAUGAGAACAGAAAUCGUGCCCCGGCGGGGCGGCAUCAGCAGGAGGCCCCAUUAGCUAAAGUGGUGCUUCAGGUUAAGAACAGUUUCUGGUUAAGAACGGACCUCUGGAACGAAUUAAGUACUUAACCCGAGGUACCACUGUAGAAGGAUGGGUUGGUUUAAUCUUGUCUGAGUAUAAUGUAUAAGUUGACCCUUAGGAGGAUCCACACUCCAGCCCAUCAUAAUCACUGGUACAGUGGCUGCUUUGGGGUCUGCACUUGCAAUAUUUGGCUAUCCUGCACUUUCUCCGCAUUUCCAGGUAGAAAAAACCCCCAGAGCCCUUCCUUCCACGUCCUGCUCUUGAGCAAAGUAGACACGCAGCUUUUAGCCUGUGACCUUCUCUGUGCAAGGACCAUGUCUUUGCCAUAUUCUGUACCACAUGGAAAGGUAUGUGGUGAACCAGGUGUUUUUCUUGUGAUCAGGUAUUCCAGAGAGAGAUUGCAAAUAAGUUUAGGAUUCCUGGAUACAGAUCUGAUGGAAUCUAGAGUGGCAACUAAAUAAAGCAAAGCGAGGAGAUUAAGUCCUGUCUGCUUUACAACUCCAAGUAUCCUUUCUGGAGAAGAAAUGAUGUGUCCUCUGUGUUCUGUAUCAGCUUAAAUUUAUCUCAUUUGCCUCCUGCCUUCCCUCUAAAAUGCUGUGGUAUUGUGCGUGCCGGUAACCAAUUUUAUAACCACAGCAACCAUGUAAGGUCAGUUUGACAGAAACUUAGCCCAAGUUUAGCCAAUGAACUUGAUGGCUAAGGACUUGAAUCCAGGGUUCAGUAUUCUUACCUACUGCAUAUAUUGCCUGGUUCUCAGCAAUCCUUAAAACAGUCCUGCAUGGUUAUUGUUGUUGUUUAGUCGUUUAGUCGUGUCUGACUCUUCGUGACCCCAUGGACCAGAGCACGCCAGGCACUCCUGUCUUCCACUGCCUCCCGCAGUUUAGUCAAACUCAUGCUGGUAGCUUCGAGAACACUGUCCAACCAUCUCAUCCUCUGUUGUCCCCUUCUCCUUGUGCCCUCAAUCUUUCCCAACAUCAGGGUCUUUUCCAGGGAGUCUUCUCUUCUCAUGAGGUGGCCAAAGUAUUGGAGUCUCAAAGUACAGAAGUCUCAGCUUCAGGAUCUGUCCUUCCAGUGAGCACUGAGGGCUGAUUUCCUUAAGAAUGGAGAGGUUUGAUCUUCUUGCAGUCCAUGGGACUCUCAAGAGUCUCCUGCAUGAUAGGCCAGUAUUAUUAUCCCCAAGGGGGCACUGGGGAAGAAUGGCUUGCGAGUUCUGAAGCAAUGAUUCACUUGCUUAAUUCUUUCUGGAACUGGCAACCUGCAGGGCGAUCUCUUGAAUCUAGCAGGAAAAGGUAAGAUAAACACCAUUCUUGUACAGAUCUAAAUAUGUUGUCACAGACAAGUGUUGGCAAACAGGCAUCACGUCUCCAUCCAAACAUGUCACACUUUUGAGUCAUAGCAUGGACAGGCAUAUAUUUGUGUAUGGGGAGGGGGGGAGAAGAGAAGCAAUGGGAUUUUCUCCUGCAUCUGUUUUGUGUUUCCCUCUGCCAGCCAGCCAGCCUCUCAGAUCUUUUCCAUCCCCCACCCUACGCUAGUGAACACAGGAAGAUUUCUGCAACUCACUCCAUAACCUACUUUUGCCUCCAGCAAAGGAGACAGGCAAAUUUCUCUUGCUUCACUCAUUGGGUUAAAAGGGAUCUGAGUGCUGGCUGCUUUUGCUUUAAUGGGCCUGUCUGGUUCAUCCCAGCACCCCCUGCAGGGAGUCUGGUUCUGGAGGUGCUGGGCAGACUGGGAUUAUUAGUGGCAAGUGGUGAAUGGCCCCAGGCUGGAAGAUGAGCCACUGUGUUUUCACGGCUAGAACUACAUUAUCUGCAUGGGAGAGGAAGUAUUUGGAUGGUGACCUCAUGUAGGCGUGCAUUCCUAAAAUGGCUGGAUAUCCCUUGUUUUCCCACCCACAAGGUCACUGGAACCCUGUGCGGCUAGGAACUCGGCGCUGGCUCGGUGUUCCUCCUACAAGGACAGUGCCCUUGUAUCUGUGUGGUGUCUGAAUGACUGAGGGUACGUUGUGUUGUUUGCUGUUAGCGCCAAGACUCCAGAAUGUGCUGCAUCUCCAGAGAACAUUGCUGUUAAAACAAAAUAAUUGCAUGUCUGUCCGAAAGACUUGGGCUGUAAAUUAUCGUAUUUUAAGCCUCAAAGCUGAGAUUUUUGUGCUGUUGACCUUUAUUUUCAACAGCACGGUUGUCCCGAAAUAGGAGAUGAAAUAAAGAGAGGCACGUUUGUGUGUGCAUAGAGUGUCUUUUCCUCAUAACUGAAGCCACAGUCUGCCACCACUUAGUCAGCAUUAAGGGUGGGGGCUUAUAAGAACGUUAGAAGACCCUGAUGGAUCAAACCAAUGGCCUGUCUAGUCCUGGUCUUACCUAUCCCUUUGCAGAAACCUGGAAGCAGGAUCUAAGCACAAGAACACUCGUCUGCUCUUGUGUUUUCCAACAACUGGUAUUCAGAAGCAUUGCUUCCUCUUUGUGAGGCAGAUGACCUGACUUCCUGGCAAGUUAGGGCCCCCCCCCAUAUUCUCUUUUAACGAAAUUGCAACUGCAAUCCUAUACUUAUUUACCUGGGAGGAAGAAGCAUUGCAAUCAGUGGGGUUUACCUUUAAUAGAUGAAUGAGAUUGCAUUGCAUUGCAUUGCGUGUUUGGGGGCGGGAAUGUUGGGUAUCAAGUCAAAGUUUAUUUGUUGUUGCGACCAUCCUGGUCAUUGCAACCAAAAAAAAAGGGGGGGGGAGUAUGAUAUGCAUGCUGUGCAUAGAAUAUGCAUAGAUACCCUGUUAAAAUACAGUGAUAACCGAGUUAUACAUAUUUGUGUAGGUUUGAAUUUUAAUGUAUAGAAGUUUCUAUAUUACAUUACCGAUCAGUCUUUACAGUCCACCAUAUUGUUGAACGUUCUCAGUUUUGGGGCUGCAACCGCGAAUCUUGCAACUCAUGAACUUACUGGAUCGAGACAGCAAAUAUGUGAUCUUCACUCGACCAUCCACAUCAGGCAUCUUACACAAUAGUUCACAAAUGUAUUUAGCUCUCAGUUCAGAAUACAUAGGGCAGUAGAGUACAUAAUGGUACAGAUGCAGGUAUAAUCCAGAUUAAUAAAAAGAAGUCAGUGUUGAUUCCAAUGGGACAUUGACUGUUCUCCCUUACGGUGCAAUCCUAUGCAAGUCCCACUGAGUUAAAAAUGGGACUCACACCCAGGUAAAUUGUAUUUAGGGUUACAUCCUAAACCACAGGCUUAUUUCUCUUUGCGGUAGCCUGAUUCACAGUGGUGAUGCUGUGGGCCUUCUUGGCAGCUUUAACUUAUUGCUAGUGGAUUAUGAUUUCGAGAGCUUGGAUUCCUUACUGGAAUAUUGGAGUGGCAAAUACGCUUUUAACACCUUCAUGUUUUGUGGAAGCGGGGAACAGAAUGAUGGUGUGUUGUGGGUUUUUAAAAAAUAAAAUAAAAUGAGAGGGCUCUUUCAAUUCUUCAGCCCCAAGAAAUAUGAUGUUUUGUGUUCUUCUGCAAAUGUUUCAUUUGCCUAUCCAUUGACAUCACUCCAGGUACCAGGACCUACGUGGUAGGAUUCUAUUAAGCUGUGAUGGCUGGGGCUGAUGUGUGUUGUCUUCCAAAACACCUGGAAGGCACAAGUUGGCAAAGGCUGUCUUCAAAGCCUCCUGGGGGUAGAAGUUGCUUGGUGGGUGGAGGAGGGGGCGGCACAUUUGCAGGUAAAGGAUCUCUCCAUAAAUGCUUGCACCCAGCCUUGAGUGGACUGCAAAUACGACUUUCAGCAAAGCCUGCAGAGCUACUGUGAGCAUGUGAUAAGAGGGAGCAGGCAGCGCUGUGACCCUGGAGUCUCCCUCCUUCUGCUGACUGCGUGAGACCUUGAUGAGAGUGCCGGGCCGCACCGCGGCAAUCUGUGCCUCAGUUUCUCCUUCAGCAGAGCACAGCCAAACCCCUAAACAAUGAUUAAUUAAUGACUGGCUUCCAACGCUUUGAGGUGGGAGGCUGAGCUGAGGCUAGAUAACAAUGAUGAGUUGUUUUGCUGCGUCUGGCUGACUCAGCUGCCUGGAUUCAGCACAGAAUGGAGCUAAUUGGGAACUGGGGAAGGUUUGUUCUGUCUCAUUCCUCCCCCCCCCCCCCAAAUAUCUGUGCUCCCUGUAAAUUCUGGAUUUCCCUAUUACCCUUUCUGGGCAGGGCGAGAGCACAGGGAUGUAUAUAUUUUUCUAUCAAUCUCUUCUGUUUGUGGGAUUGUGUGUGUGUGUGUUCUUCCUGUGUCCUCCAUCUGCCCUCUGGUGUCUUUCCCCUUGUCCUCUGGCUCAGCUUGUCCUGCAGCCACAAGAGAUGUAAUUUUUGGGCUCUGUUGAUGCUGGCCUCUGCAUCUCAGGGAGGAGCUGGCAGGGCUCUGGCAGCUCCAGUCUCCUAAUAACCACAAGUGCUGCAACGCCAGAGCUGGCAGGGAGUGGAGCGUAUCUGCACAGGGGAGAGCAUCGCAGCUUUGAAGGCCCAACGUACGCGUCUUCCGUUGUGUGGGCUUGUCAGAAGCUGUUCAGAGUAUACCAGCCUUGAAAGAUUUGCUAGCACUUCAGCCUGUGAAUUGUGUUAAUCCUAGAACUAUACAGAUCAGAGUGUCAUAAAGUGAAGCAGCCGCCCACAAAAUUGCGAUUGAGGCUAUCAAGUUUUCAGAAACUUGGAACUCAGUAGGGGAAGUUUAGCUCCAUCAUUUGCUUUAAAGCAGCACACGCACACGCAUGCACGCACGCACGCACGCGCACACACACAUACACACACAUACUUCAAAAGGUUGAAGCACUAAGGGGAUAUAAGCAGCCAAAAAAGAAAAGAAAGGAAAACCAAAGACAUAUUGGAGGAAAUUGCACAUGGUUGAGAGACUUGACCUUUCGUAACAGAAAAUUAAGACACUUUCCCUCAUAUGUCUUUCCCACAGCUACAGUUUGAUACAUGUCAUUUUUCACCAGUAUAAAAUGUUCAUCUAAAAUAAAGUCACUUCCCUUUAUUGGGACUAACUAAAAUGUCACAGUGGGCACACAAAGCAGCAAAGGCACAUUAAAAAAAAAAAAAGCACGAGGAACAUCAUAUGUGAGAGGAAUGGAACAAAUAAUCUCUCAUUCACUUUUAUAAAAGUGUGCUGAGACAAAUAUAUGUUGACGGAACUCCCAAGCCCAUGGUGAGUGUACAUUUUAGGGGAGAUAGGCACAUAAACUUUAUUUUUCUUGGUCACAUCCAGAGAUGGCGCUUAUAGUGCAGCAGAAGAUAAUGUUAUACAGUGGUGCCCCGCAAGACGAAUGCCUCGCAAGACGAGAAACUCGCUAGACGAAAGAGUUUUCCGUUUUUUGAGUCGUUCCGCAAGACGAGUUUCCCUAUGGGCUUGCUUCGCAAGACGAAACGUCUUGCGAGUUCUUGCGAGUUUGUUUCCUUUUUCUUAAAGCCGCUAAGCCGCUAAUAGCCGCUAAGCCGCUAAUAGCCGUGCUUCGCAAGACGAAAAAACGCAAGACGCGGAACGGAUUAAUUUCGUAUUGCGAGGCACCACUGUAACUCCUGAGCUGAAGAGUCAGCCCAAAGAACUAAUAAUAUGUAGAGCGCUCCAUCACCAGCCUACAGAAAUUCUUCCUCAUUGUAUUGUUUUUUGGACUCAGGGUGCUGACCCCUGUAACUUGGUAACUACACCUUCAUGCUCCUGGCAUCAAAAGGCCUAUCUUGUGAAAUUUCUUUCCUCCAUCAGUUUUUUUAAUAUGAACAUCCCUCAUGUGCCUCUGCUGAACUACCUGUCACUACACUUCGAUCUUGCAGAUUGUCUGGCAAGUUGUUUAACACCCAUUUCUAUAUUUCUACAAUGACCUCAGAAAUAAGGUUCUCAUCCUGGGCUCUCUCUGGCUUUCCUUCUACCCUCCCACACGAGAGCCUCCCAUUUAUUUCAGUGCAAUGACAUCGAAAAGCAUGCCUUCCCUCGUGACACCCCCCCCUUGCUCUUUCCCAUGUGCAUUAAGAAGUGAAACCUUCUCCAUGGUCUGUGGAAUGCCCUCCUCACAAGUACAACAGGUGCUGACAUUGCUAUUGUGUCAAUUCACAGCAUUUGUUUGCUCAGGUAUCUUAAUUAUCUUAACUCUUUAGUGGGUGAUCAUUUUAGCCUUCGCUGGGUUGUUGGUUUUUAAGCUGCACCUGUUUUGUAUUUUGAUGAAUUUGCUUUUUAAUUCACUUGGUUGUUGUAAUUUAUUUUGGAUGUGACCUGCCCUGGUAUUGGUAUCAAUGAAAGGUGGGCUGUAAAUUUAAUUAAUUAAUUAAUCUCCCUUUGUUGCCGUCUGUGGGCAAAACAAGGAGCCGGGUCAUUCCUCUAAUUUGAUAAGUAUCAACCAUCUUCCUUUUAGUCUUGUUGCUCCUUCAAAUGAAGGAAUCUUUCUUUAAUGUUGGUCGGCAUUUGUUGUUGUUUAGUCGUGUCUGACUCUUCGUGACCCCAUGGACCAGAGCACGCCAGGCACUUCUGUCUUCCACUGCCUCCCGCAGUUUGGUCAAACUCAUGCUGGUAGCUUCAAGAACCCUAUCCAACCAUCUUGUCCUCUGUCGUCCCCUUCUCCUUGUGCCCUCCAUCUUUCCCAACAUCAGGGUCUUUUCCAGGGAGUCUUCUCUUCUCAUGAGGUGGCCAAAGUAUUGGAGCCUCAGCUUCAGGAUCUGUCCUUCCAGUGAGCACUCAGGGCUGAUUUCCUACAGAAUGGAUAGGUUUGAUCUUCUUGCAGUCCAUCUUGCACUCUCAAGAGUCUUGCACUCUCUUGAGAGUGCAUUCUUGCACUCUCAAGAGUCUUGCCACUUGGUGACCACAAUCCUAGUAAAUGCCAUUCCAGCAGCAACAACACAGCAGCAAUAUGAGCCUUCUGCGCUACAGCAUCCUUACUCCCAUCUUCCUAGCCACUGUCCACGCUGACAUAAAUCCCACAGGCAUACAUCUAAAAAAUGAGAAGCUACUAUUGUCAUGUAAUCGGGCUCUCUCCCCCAUAUUGCUUUAGCAUUGUCCCCCUCCAUCUACCAUGCCUCACUCAAAAAAAAAAAAAAAAAAAAAAAAAAAUCACCACUCCUCCCUCUCAACUAGACCAGAAGUGAGGAACAUAUGGGCUACAAUUCUCACUAAACCUGACCAUUGCGCAUGCGUGCUAGGAGCGGAGUCCACCAAUGUGAACUAUGUGUUCCCCACCCCUGCUGUAGACACUCCACAUCAAACUAGGGUUUUGCCCUGAAACUUGUUUACAGAAUGCCAGGAUGCGGCCGUUGAACAGGUGAAGUUAACAACAGAGAGAAACUGAGAGCUGGAGCACAUCAUUUGCUUUCCCAUCAUUUGACAGUUUGAUUUGCAACCGUAUCUUUAGUGUUUACAUGGCUUCUCCCUGUUUUUAUCCCCAUAAAGCACAUUUGCAUUAGGUUAAUCCCAAGCUAGAGUUCAAGGCCAGGUUUGGGUUCUGAAAAAGCCAACCCUCUAGUCUAGCCUCUGCACCAAGAUUGCUGUGUUUAAAGUAUAUAUAUGAGUAGCGUUUAACCAGUGAUGGUUCACUCACACAUGCAAAUCAUUGCAACGGCUGCUGUGUUGUUCACCAAGUAAUGUGAAUGCAGAUGGCAAACCUUUGUAGGUAGACACUCAGAGCAGGUACAGUGUGCCUAUCCUUAACCGCUCCCGUCCCACCCUAGCAUGGAAUGAGAGGACGCUAGCCCAGAAAGGUGGCAUACAAAUGCUUAAAUCAAGCUUGUGUACGUAUCAUACCUUUAAAGCACACUCACCCCAAGAAUCCUGGGAACUGUAGUUUGUUAAGGGUGCUGGGAAUUGUAGCUCUAUGAGGUGAGCAACGGUACCUAGGAUUCUUUAAACAUAUGGUGUGCAUUCAGCUCAAGGGCGGCUCACUUGUUGCCCUCCAGAUGUUGCUGGACUACAUCACCCCAUCCCAUUUACAGUGGUACCUAGGGUUAAGUACUUAAUUCGUUCUGAAGGUCCGUUCUUAACCUGAAACUGUUCUUAACCUGAAGCACCACUUUAGCUCCUGCUGCGCCGCUGGAGCACGAUUUCUGUUCUCAUCCUGAAGCAAAGUUCUUAACCCGAGGUACUAUUUCUGGGUUAGCAGAGUCUGUAACCUGAAGCGUAUGUAACCCAAGGUACCACUGUACUCCCUUGCCCUGGGUAGUCUAGUAUUGCAGCUCAGCAACACAGGUUAGCCACCCCUGACUUAAGAUAAGGCAUUUUCAAAGGGCAGUAGGAAGCAACCUUAUACUGAGCCAGGCCUGCUCCUCUGAGUGGCAAUGGCUCUCCUCAGGGUUUCAUAGAAUUGUAGAUUUGGAAAACCCUGGAGGGUCAUCUAGUCCAACCCACUGCAAAGCAGGAAUCUCAGCUAAAGCAUCCAUGACCGUUGGCCACCCAACCUCUUGCUUUAUAACCUCCAAGGAAGGAGAGCCCAUAACCUCCUUUGGCAGACCGUUCUGCUGUCGAACAGAUCUUCCUGCCAGAAAGUUCUUCCUCCAGAAAGUUCUUCCUGGUAUCCUCUCUCCUUCCUUGCAACUUGAAGCCGCGGGUUCGAGUCCUACCCUCCAGAAGAGCAGGAGACAACAAGCUUGUUACCUUUUCCCACGUGGCCAGCCCUUGAGACGGUCGAAGGCAGGAGGCUCUUCUUCCAAACCCUACUGGAGAGGCCGGGAAUCGAACCCAGAUCCACACGAAACGUGGGCAUCCCUUUCGCCCGGAGCUGAAGUUGCACGGUGUUAGCCGAGCAAGGUCCUUUUCUCCAGUUCCACCCACCCCCUUCGCAGGGCUUUCCCUCCGCUUCCGCAGCCAACUUUACCCGCUACGCCUUUACGCAUCUGGUUACGUGUUCGUUUAUUUGGAGGGUCUCCCGCCGAGGAACCCCGGUCGCUCCCCCUCCCCUUCCCUCUCCUCAGCGGCGGUGUUUGCCGGGUCAAGCCUUGGCGCGGUCACGGCGGCGACGGCGGGGCGCUAGGACCCGGCGGCGAGGCGCCGCAGCCGACGACGCUCGCCCCGGCGCUCUCUCCUUCGCUCGUUCGUUGGCUGAGCUCGGCUUCCUGGCCAGAGACGACGACGACGACGGCCUCGCCUGGUGCGGCUUCGGCCUGCGCCACCCUCCUCCCCUCGCACCAGCCUCAGCCGGUGGCCGCCGCCGCCGCCGCCCACCCUUUCCCGCAGGCCAUGCUGCGGCGCGGGGUCCGACCUUUCCCUCAGCGCGGCGGGGCCAUGUGAAGAGCCGGCUGACACCUCCCUCAGGUGAGGCGUCCGGAGUGUGAGGUGCGCGCGCGAGGGGUGGGGGUGGGGUGAGGAAAGAGAGAGUAAUGCGUGGGGCUGAACCAAAAUGCGGACGGCGGCGGGGGGGGGAAGGGAAGGUGCGUAUGAGAAAGACGUGGCCCCUGAGGGGGAGCCGAGAGAAGUUUGGCCCGAGUCGUUGUGGGGGGGGGGGGAGGGAGCGAAGCAAGUUUCAUCGUAGGUGGGGGAGGGCGGCCGGCGGCGGUUGGUUUCCCUCAUUCCGCUCUCCCGAAGUGAGGGGCGAAGGCCUAGUCAGGAGAGGAAGGCAAGGGAGUGUGAGGGAGGACACGAAGCGCUCCCGCUUUGGGGUGAGACAGGGGGCCUCCUCCUCCUCCUCCCCUCCCCCCCACCCCAAAAGCCCUGAGGAGAAAAGAGGCUCCUUCGGUGGGGGAGGAGAAGCCCGUUGCCGAAGACAUAACGCCUCCCGGGGGCUGCGCGUGUUCGAAGCGCCGCGCCAACUUCUCUCAGGAGUCGUGUGGGGACGACGACGACGACGGGCUGGAGUUGGGAGCAGGCCCCGCGGGGCACCGGCUCUCGCCCUCACGUCGAUGCGGCGGGGCUCCCGUCUUCCCCAGCCCGGCAUGGCGCGGUAGUCGAGGAGGAGGAGGAGGAGGAGGAGGCUGGCGAGUCCCGGUAGCGGCAGCGUCGAGCGAGGGGAGCGUGGCCGCCGCUUCGCUCACCUCCGCAGGCGAACUGAAGAAGGGCAAGGCCUGGCCUUUGGGCUGGAAGCGUUUGGGGUUUUGCUCCCGGAGAAGAAUGGCGGCGGCGGCGGCGUUGGCGUUGUGGCUUAGUGUAUAGGAGGUGGGAAUUGGAUGUGUUUUAACUCCACUUGGAAGUUGGGGGAAAGGCGCCCUGAACGUUUUGUCGGGUGCCCUUAGUUGGCCUCGAAAGAGUGGCGGCCAGUUUUGCGGGGCCGCUCCCUGCGCUCCAGCUCUUCUUCCAUGGCGGCGAGGAGGGCUGCAGGUCCUUGAGUCUGAGGAGAUAAGGCUGUGGGAAGAUGGGAUCUGUGGGCUUCGCUAAGGAUCCCACUAGAUCGACGAGAAAAGGUCGUUCCCUUCUUGGGAGUAGGGACGUGACCCGGGAAUCCUGGCUUCCCUUUAGGGAUCUCUAAAUUUGGUGAUGCCGCUUGUGGAGAGAAUGGUUUGUAAACAAGGAUGCAGAUACCUGGGAAUCUUAUUAGCACAUACACAAGUCAUUAAUAUCCUGAACAGGGCUGGUGUUUGGAGACAGAAAUGCCUUUAUGACAAGUCUGUGGAAGAAAACCCAGGAAUUCUGCUUUGUGGAUGGAGAUUACAAUCGGGGAUUAUGGCUCCGAAAUUUGGGUCUGCCCUAGUUUUCAUAUUGGGCACCGGAAGGAUUUUCUAGUUACUGUGGGUCCCCAUCAAAUAUAGUUUCUGAUACUGGAGGUUUAUUUAGCAUGUGUACAGGAAGUGUUAUUUGUAUGUAGGUGGUAUGGGGCAAUUUCUGAUGGCAGUCUUCUGGGUAUUUCGGAAGUUGAGAGGCCAAGAUCUUAGUACCAUGAGGGAGGCUGCAAAUGUGGUUUGGCUGGAUGAUGGUUAGGGCUGAGAGAGCCCUUUGUGUAUGUGUGGAGGUGGGGUGUGAGCAUAGGGAAUCCCCGGUGACUGGCAGUGAGGUGACUGGGAGACCAGAGCUGUCUCUUCCCCUGCUUACAGCAUUUUGAUGCAAACAGCCCUCUUUCCUCUGCUCCCUCCCCCAACUUUGCAGGAACUGGCCGGGAAAUGGCAGCUGUGUUUGUUGCGUUCUGAAAUGUCCUUUUUAAUCAGAUUUGGUUUCUGUUUCUGGCUUUCCCUAAACUCCUUGGCUAGAUUAGCCCUAUUCCCCAGCAGCCAGUUGGCACAAGAUCCUGUAGUUUAGGGUUAUCACCACCUUCUUUUUAAAGUUACAUGGAAUUUAAAGAGGCAGUCAUAUAUAUUCUAACUUCACAAAAUGGGAAGCUACAAAGCAGGGGUCAGCAAACUUUUUCAGCAGGGGGCCAGUCCACUGUCCCUCAGACCUUGUGGGGGGCAGGACUAUAUUUUUUUUGGGGGGGGAGAAAUGAACAAAUUCCUAUGCCCCACAAAUAAUCUUCAUACGUGUCACACUUACAUAUAGUUCUCAAGUAUAUACUUAUUUUAUGAUUUGCCUAGAGUACUGCCUAGAGUACACCAUUUAUCCUGAGGUAUUUGUUAGUGGGUCAUUCUUGGUUGCAUUCACAGAGCAUUCUCCCUUUCCUUUUUGUUGGAUUUCAAGUGAAGCAACAUAACCAUGGAAAACCAAACAGUGUAAGGUUACUAACAGAUAUAUUGUCACUGAGAGGUAAAUUAUGGCAGCCUUCCUAAAAGAAGUCUAUCCACGAUCCCUUUUCAUCUUGUAUUUCCUGCAAAUUAAAUCACGUGGCCCAUAUUUUAAAGCACAGAUGUGGGGCAUGGCUUGUGACCUUCCUAAAGUUGUUGAUCUACAACUCUCUUCAUCCUUAAAUGUUGUCCAUGCUGCCCGGGGUUGAUGGGAGCCAGAGUUGAACAACAUCAAGAGAGCCACAGGCUCCUCAUACAUUUUAAGACAUUUUUGUGUUUACAGGGGCUUGGUUGCAUUGCACAGAUAUAGAACUUGGCAGUCCUCAGCAACUGAAAAACAGUUACUGGUUAAAAGGUUCUAGAUUCUUCUUGGCCUCAACCAAUGGUAAUCUUUCACAAAUGUCAUAACAUACCCAGGACCUCCCUCUUUCAUAAAAAGAAAGCUUUAAUAAGAUGGUGCACCUAAUUUAACUCCUGUUCCCAAUUUGUAGUCUUACAAAUACGUUACUGUAAAAAGAAAAAGAAAUUCUACAUGAAAAGUACUUAAUGUGAUUUUUUUUAAAAAAUCAAGGUUUUUGUUGUUAAUUUCUGCUAGGGCAAGAAGAGCAUUUUAUGGUGAAGUAUGGAGGUAGGACUCUCAAAGUAGGACUGACCACAUUGUCUGAAGCACAUUUUGACAGCUUAGGACAGGAGGUCUUAAACUUGUAGGCAGAGUGUUUCAUUUCUGUGGCUGGAGAGCAUGAGUAUGCAUCAAACUCCACACCCAUUCACUAAGAAUAGUUAAAAACAGAAGAGGCCCUGACUCGACAAGGCUGUAACCCAUCUGUACAUACUAUUAACUACUUGCCCUGCCCACGGGGAGAAAUGAACGACUAUGGUUUCAUCCUUUGCCACUUUCUCAGGCUAUAGGAUUCCCUGCUCCCAUCCUUUUCAUACAUUUGAAACAUCUGCUUCUGCUGGGAUCACAUGAGAGACAUAGGCCUGAGAUAUUUACAAAUAGGACCUCUGUCUAUAUCAGCUGUUCCGUGUUAUUCUGGCAUGUGCAGCUCCUGUCAAACCACACCCCUUCCCUUUAAACUGUUUCAGUCAUUCUUGUUGGCUGCAAUUAAUUCAUCCAUUUUGCUUGGCUUCUUUCCUAACAAACCAUUCUGCCUUCCCCUUUAAUUACAAGGCCUUCCCAGCACUUCACCUCAGCUCCAGCUCUGUUUGUCCCUGUGCUGGAGCAGCAGCUGCCUUUUCUGCUACUACCCUGUCCCUUAAAGGGAUAUUCACAGUAAUUUUAUGGUUCAACUCAGCUGCUGUGCACUGUCAGGGUAGGAUCCAUUGCUUUUUGAAAGGGGAGCAGCAAGUGGAAUAGGUGGCCUUAGUGUGUUGCAGAGAUGAUUCCUGACAGUGCAUAUUGAGUUGAGGGAAAGGCAUUUUCCCUGCUGCUAUUAGUAGAAGCCUUUCCCCACCCCCAUCUCUGCAGCUACAGAAGCCUUGCAGUUUAGGUGGUGGAGCUUGGCAUGACAUUGCAGUAAUAGAGGUGUGUGUGGGAGAGAGAAGCUUCGUGAUGUGAGGGAGAUUGAAGCAGUGAAGCAGAAGCUAUGGAUGAAAUGCGUAUUUCAUUAACAUUUAGUUUAUUUAUUUUUACACCUGGUUUGGGUACAUAAAUUUGAUUCUGACAAUGAUUACUUCCUGGGGAGAAAAGGGCAGGGUGAUUGAUUUUGACCUGGUCAAUUAUCUAAGUAUGUCAGCUUGGCAGAAAUAAAGAUUCUGAAAAAGAAGCAGCUCUGCAUUCUGGUUUUAUCUCUCUAAAUGACUUUUUGACUUUACAUUUUGGUCACUGGCACUUUCCUUCCAGGUAGUGAAGCAUUUCUAAGCUCUGUCCCUGUGCAAGGGCAUUUGGAAAGGUGCUGUUCAUGUUUUCUGUUCAAGCAUACAGAUGGGGGGUACGGUGUAUGUUUUAAGCAAUAUUGAGACGCUUCUAGAGUUAAGGCUGCAACUUUUUUGGCUUAUGGAGCCCACCCCUCAGAAGGAAUGCACAUGCCUAGAGAGGAGGAGCCCACACCCUACUGCUUAGCUCUCUUUCAACCACUACUACAGUAGCAGGGGGAAAUUUCUCUGUGGAAUGUGCUAGGUGGUUUUUGUCCUCUUCUCUGUAGCUUUCUUCUUAAAAGCCUUUCCAUUAUUUUCCCUUUUGUCCCCCCCCCCCCAUAUAGCUUUUAUCUGUCAUUCUUAAUGUUCACUGUAUGCUUAUGGCACAGCUGCCUUCAUAUAAGCAGAGUUCAUUGACCAUGACAGGUAGCCAUUCCUGGUACAGUGGUACCUCGGUUUAAGAACAGUCCUGUUUACAAACAAUUUCAUUUACGAACUCCACAAAACCGGAAGUAGUGUCCUGGAUUGCGAACUUUACCUCGGUCUAAGAAUGGAAUCCAAACAGUGGAAGGGCACCGGCGACAGGAGGCCUCAUUAGGAAAAGUACACCUCUGUUUAAGAACAGUUUUGGUUUAAGAAUGGACUUCCGGAACAGAUUAAGUUCGUAAACCGAGGUACCACUGUAUUGGUUCUGUCUUGAGGAGGCACACAGGAUGGGCAACUAUUCUUAGUGCCAAAAUUUAUGAAGUAGGUACUAGGUUCAGUAAAACUUUUGAAACAAAUAGCAAAUACAGGAGGGGGAGGAAAGAUAACCAUGGCUUUCCUUUUAAUGUGUUUGUUCUCAGACUGUGAACUGUUUGAGAGGGUUGGUGUCAUCUCUCCUGUUAAGUAAAUGGACCUGUGUCAUCAUUAUUUUUGAGGGGUAUCCUAAUAUUAGGUCAUUCCAUAGGAGUCGCCCAAGUGCAAGUGUCAUAUCUUUCUACUGUUCAUACUUUUAUAUAUACAGGAUGCCACACUAUAUUAAAGGUUUGUUGAAGUUUGUUCUGAGCUUUGAGUGGAAGAAGUAUUAUUUAAUAGCGAGGCUUCAUGGCAAAGCUUCUGGAUUCAAGAUGUAAUAUAAACUGUGGCUGCUGUAAUUAUUUUAGUAAGGAAGUUUCCUUGGUGACUUAUUGUGAUGUACGUGCUUACUUAUGCAGAAGAUGUAUAUUGUCAGACUGGUCUGAAUCUGUAGCUUACACUCCAUCCUCAUUCAUUCAUCCAUGUGUUGCCUUCCUUGGCAGCUGUCCAGACCUGCCUUGAGCAUUUUCUCUAUAGUCUUCUAUUUCAAAGGGGUGGGGAGGGAAAGGUCCUGCUUGAAGCUGGUAGGAAUGCCAUGUUUGGGAGCCACAGAUGUCCCACUGGACACGCAGGGAAUGGACUAGGCCCCAUGCCAAGAGAUUAUGCCCUCUGCUUUAUUUUCAUCCAGCUUCUUUGAACAGUGCAUCUAUUUAGUGCAUUAAUUUCUGUAACAGGAAAUGGUGGCUUUUUCCCAGAGCUGCAGAGAGGCGAAAGUUCAUCUGCAUCCCUGUGGAAUGAGAAAAUGACUAGCUAGGCGGGGGCGGUGAUGCUUUGGUAAAGCUUGCAUCAUCUGAUGAGGAAUUUUCACAUACUACUUUGCAGUGCAUGAGGCCUAGAAAGCCACGGAAGGAGCAGAGACUUUGCAGUCAGCCUGCUCAGUAAAAUGUUUUUAAAAGAGGAACGGCCCUGCAUUAAUACAUUGAAUCCCUCUUUCUCAGUAGUAAUGGAGUCUUUUAAUCACUUUUCCAGAACUGUUUGGUCCUUAGGUUUCCUCUCCAAGGAAAGCAUUUUAGGGGCCUAUUUGUGUGGCAAGUGGACUUUAUAACUACAUAUUAAGAACCAUCCUGUGGACAUAUUGCUAUUUGAUAGCUAAGUGAGAAUAACCCUGAAGCUUGCAAAAGAGAUGUGUUUAAAUAGAUUCUGGUGUUAGAAUGGAGUGCCUGAGUGGAUUUCAGAACCCCUGGCUGAACUUUCCCCAUUCAAGAUAAGUUGAAAUUGGUGCUGCUGGUCACCUCAUGACAUACCGUAUUUUUCCAUGUAUAAGACUAGGUUUUUUUACUAAAAAAUAAUGUCAAAUAUUAGGGGGCGUCUUAUACUCUGGGCCAUCUCCCCCCCCCCAUUUUCUUAAAUCUGAGUCCCCCAAAAUAGGAGGCGUCUUAUACAUGGGGGUGUCUUAUAGACAGAAAAAUAUGGUAUAUUUUUCUUAUAAGGAUUUCAAUGUGAGGACUUACAUUGUGUGUUUGGGGAAAUUUCCCUUUCUCCUAAGAGGCAGAGAUCAAUCAGUCAAUGUUGAACUUAGUUGCACAGUUUCUGAUGAAAGCCUGGGUUUUAUCAAAAGGGACACAAUGGCUUUAAAUAUAUGGACAUUAAACUAACUGUCCUAUUGGUAUAGCAUCUGACCUGCUUGCUAAUUUCGAGAGCUAGUGUAGCAUAGUAGCUGCAAGACUGAGGUGUUAGCCAGGAAAUCACUAGUGCACCACCUGACUGGCCAUAGGUAAGCCAUUCUCUCUCAGCCUGCCCCCCAUUUCCAAUAUGGGGAUAAUAGUAUUGUUUUAUCUUACAAUACAGUGGUACCUUGGUUUGCAAACAGUCUGGUUUGCAUACGUUUUGGAUUACAAACACAUCAAGCCCGGAAGUGCAUGUCCCAGUUUGCAAACUUUUUUUGGAUUACGAACAAAAAAAUUUGGAGGCCCCCUUGGCGAAAGCGGGCCUUGGGUUACAACCUGUUUUGGUUUACAAAUGGACCUCUGGAAUGGAUUAUGGUUGUAAACCAAAGUACCACUAUAUCUUGUUCUAAGGAUUAUUGGGAUAAGAUGUGAUAAAACACUAAAUGUCUUGGUAUCUUUUGUUUAGUCACUGGCUAACAUGUUAUGUUGGGGGAUUUUUUCACUGCUGUCUGUGAAAAGCAGCAUCUAUGUAAUGACUUUAACUUUCUGUUGCAUCUUUUGCAUUUUCUUUUCUCCUUAGAAAUGGAGGCGAACAACCAUUUUAAUUUCACUGGCCUUCCCUCUUCACCUGCUGCCUCAGGACAGAAACCUGCGCCUUCCUCAGGGGACAAUGUCUACACAAAUGGAUCUCCCAUGAACUUCCCUCAGCAAGGGAAAAGUAAGUGUGGGGCAAUGGACCUGGGUCUUUUGACCUUAGUGACAGGCAUCAGCAUUGAUCAUACAUGGUCUUAUAGCAAACACUGCUAGCCCUUGCCUUUAUAGAUUGAAGUUCCACUUCUUUUCUGAGUAUCUCUUUGCAGAAUGGUAAGGAGAACUGUGUGGAUGAUGGUUGUGCCUCAGGAGGAGUGUAAGGAACUUGAAUACCACAGCAACAGGCAAAGUUGUCUGUAUUCUCACAGGCCACUGCGAAAGCACAACUGGAUAUGAUGUGAAAAUCUGAUAUUUUCUUUCUUACUGUUAAAGGUGGGAGAAAGAAUUAAGGCUAGUCAUGGAGUAAAAACUCAGAUGAGUGCUGUUUGCCUGCUGGGAAUGAAACAUGGGAGGAAUUCAACUUUGCACUCUUCUGAACGUUCUGUCAGUUCAAGCAUUUCUUCUUGCUAGGUGGAAUACUCUCCCCUCCCCCCCCACCGUGUUCUGUUCUGGGGAUUCUCCUGACCCUCUUGAGUAUGGGUAGGCAAACUAAGACCCGGGGGCCGGAUCUGGCCCAAUCACCUUCUGGGUAUCAGCAUGUUUUUACAUGAGUAGAAUGUGUCCUUUUAUUUAAAAUGCAUCUCUGAGUUAUUUGUGGGGCAUAGGAAUUUGUUCAUUUCCUCCCCCCCUCCGAAAAUAUAGUCCAGCCCCCCACAAGGUCUGAGGGACAGUGGACCGGCCCCCUCCUGAAAAAGGUUGCUGACCCCUGCUCUUGAGCAUAUGGGAGGAAGCGGGGGGGAAGCCCUGUUGUGCUUGUGGAAGCCCUUGCGCUGGUUUCUGCUAGCAUGCUGAGUUGCAUGUAUCUGGGCUCAAGAGUUGUUGCUGUUUCAAAUAUGUUAGAAUUCAGUUAAAGCAAGCUUGGAAGGGCUUGUGAAGAUUUAGGAUAAUCUGUGUAAGGCAUUUCCCAGUGUGCAGUUUUUAUCUGACCUUGCAUAAUUUCUUCAGUAGUGGUGUUGCUUCCCAAAGGUUUAUUAAUUUUAAUUAAUUAAUUUGGCAGAAUAUUAAAGUGAGGCUAUUGCUUGUAAACUAACAAAGAGUGCACAGAGGAGCUGGGGAUUGGAGAACAUAUUUUAAAAACAGCAACAACCUAAGGCAAAUCUCAAAAGCUGCUGAAGUAAAAGUGUGUAUUCCUGAAAACAUUCCCAAUUUACAGAUGUUGCAAUAUGACCACUCUUUAAGAAGGCACUUCAAGAAAUAAAGAAGGUAACUGUAAAUUGAAGAGUUUUCAGGAAAAAACACCUUUUUAGGUUCACUUCCUUGUUUGGAGGAGAGGGUUGGAAAUGGUGUUGUCCUUUCCUCUUCCCCUUUAUAGAUGUUGAAGAUCUUUCUAGCUACAUUGGAAGGAGAGAGUCUGCUUGGGUUAUGACACUACUUAGCUCAAAAGAGGAGCCUAACCUGGCUGCCUUUUUCUCCUUAAGAUGCCUACUGAAUACAAGUAUGGGAGGAUGAAACACUUUUCAGUUUCCUUCUAGAGCAUGGAAAUGCUGCUUUGUCUUUGAUUGAUAGUAGUUCUAAUCAAUGACCAAGACGUCAUUCCCCCAUAUCCCCUCUUUUCCACCUAGGCUCAAAAAAUAAAACGGGGUUACCCCAUUUUCUUUAUCCAGAAAUGUUCUCCCCACUGGCUUUCAAGGAGCCAGUAGCCUUUCUAGAAUUCUGUCUAUCUGGUCAUACAGGGUAAAGGUCUUCAAAACAGACCAACACUCCACUUCUGUUGCUGCUUCUGUUGUUCUGUGGGCCUCUGCCGUUUUGGCUGUUAGGACCCUGUCUAGUUUGCAGUCCCUAGCUGCUACCACCUAUUUUACCUUUUCCACUCAGAUUCCGAUAAAGUUUCCUCCAAAAACCUUUAGAAUAAGUACAGAUACAGCCACCCCAGAAAUAGUAGCACUAUAAAGGUCAGCCCAGCCAUUGCAGUCCUCAUUGAUUAAGGAUAGAAACGGAUCAAAAUUAGCAUCAUCUUUUUCCAGAAGACAAGAAAGAAAAUACAUCCUGAUUACAGCUCUUCCCAUACUGAAGACAUACUAGGUGGAAAAGACUACAUACAUUGGGAGGUGAGGGGAGAAAGGGGGGCAUGUCAACAUUUGUUAAAGGCUAAUGCAUCUUUUAUCAUUUGUAGUUACCAAGAAAAACUUAGAAACAUGACUUGAGAAUGUGGCAAAAAAUAGAAAUCAGUAGGCAAGGGGAGGAAAUAAUUGGGGGGGGGGAUUUGGCAAAAAAGGGAAUGGGUUCAAAUACUACAUAUGAGAGAAGUAGAUGCACUGAGGUGUGCACGUGUCUUUUUGCCUUGCCCACCGUCCAAGGAGCUCAGGGCAAAGUUCAUGAAGUUAUUUCAUUCAGUCCCUUCAACCAUCUUGAGGUGUGCUAGAGUGUUGGCUUGGGCUGAUCUUAAACCCAGACCGUGUGAUGAAUUAAUCUCAGAGCCCCCUCUGUAAAAUCAGAAUAGUGACCUACCUCAUAGGCCUGUUAAGAGGACAGAGACUGUAAAAUUCUUCUUCAAAGUACAUGCUAAUACACAUUUCUUAUCCAAUUUACUCAACUUCAUUGUGUCUUGUUUUAUCUCCCCACCCCCCCACCCCUAUUUUGUAAAAAGAGACAGGCCCAAAGGUGGAUAGAACUUUCUCCUCAGUCAGUGUUCCUUGCAUUUGUUGUGAGUUUUUAAUAGCUUUUUUCCUUCCUUUUGUUUACAGGUUUGAAUGGAGAUAUGAAUGUUAAUGGCUUAUCUACUGUAUCUCAUGCUAGUACUUCAGGGACCCGCUCCUCAACCAACUCACACCUCCAACACCCCUAUGACUAUCUCUGGAACUAUUCUCAGUACCCAUCUGGCAAUGGCAACAACCUCAAGGACAGCCCACUGUUCUCCCAGUAUCCACUGAACGGUAUUGCUGGAGGUAAUCGGCAAGGCUCACCUGGGCACACCACCAAUCUGAGGGGAAGUGGCAGUGGGCAAGAGUUCUGGGCAAACGGCACUCCAGGGACCAUGGGACUUAACUUUGAUUCAACAGAGCUCUAUGACUCUUUCCCUGAUGAUCAGAAUUUUGAAAUCCUGCAAAAUGGCCCAUCCAGCUUCUACACAUCAUCUCAGCCUUCCCCUAUGCUUGGCUCUGGCAGCCAGGACUUCUCACCACAGCAGGAUGAACCAGGCAAUGAGGAGCCAGUGAAGGAAACCUCCUCGGCAGUCUCAGAAAAUGGCACCAGAUUGAUUGGCAGCAUGGAGCUGGAGAACACACAGCCAGGUAUGACUGCCAAUGGUACCCAAACUUUUUAUCCAGGAAGCUUACCUUUGCAAUAUGAUACCCCUGCCUGUCUGCCCCAGAACACACUCAUGCCUGUAUUAAUCAUUAGGCUAUGGUAAAAGGCAGGGCCUUUGCUAGACUGAGAGUCUUAUUACAAUGUAAUUAUCUAAGAGCAUCUUAGGAUGGAGAUUUGUUGAUCCUGCUCAUUGUGCCAAGUGCCAUUAAAAUUCUUCACAGUUCAGAAUUUUAUGGUUGUUCCCCUAUUGCAUGUUCUAGCUAAGGGAGCAGUGAUGGAGAGAAUGAAUCAUUAUGCCUGCUUCACUUGGAUUUUAAAAAAUAUAUUUACAAUAUUUAUAACCUGUCCUUCACUGGUUGCCCGAGGGUGGAAAUAUAUACAUCAUUAAAAUACUUGAUUUUAACUACUCGAAAAUCAAAUGCACCUAGAAUAUUUAAAACUACUGAUUAGAAUAUUCAACAUCCCUGUUUCAUUAAAGCUAGCAAAUAAAUUUCAAAUUGGUGACUCGCAAUAUUAAUCCUCCCCAACCCUCCCAGAGUCUAGGCGGACAGGUCUGUCUUCACCUGCUGGCAAAAAGCAAAUAAUGGUGCAUGAUGCAACUCGUAAGGGAGGACAUUCCAGACAUGCAUUCCCACCAAAGAGAAGACACUGUUGCAUCACUGCCCCUGAACUUGGCCUAGCAGGGAAAUCACACGUAGAGCCUCCCCUGCUGAUCUUGGUCCAUGGGCAGGCUAAUAUGAGGUGAUGCUUCUCCCGGACUAUUCCUAUCCAUGGAGUCUACUUCAGUGUGAUUCCAGACAACCUUCUACUUCAAGUUCCUAUCAGACUUGGCUUUAGGAGGCCUCUAGCUGUCUUGCUGCCUUCCUGCUCUGGCCAGAUUUCAAAGGCCAGUUUGCCACCUGAAAAAAAAUCUGGACAGCUACUUGAAAAUGCAGAGGUGGCAGAGAAGCAAUCUUUCUUUGCCACUACCACCACCUAAGUUUAUACCUGGGAGUUUCAGUCAUAUAGGCCCUGUGCUGAUCAUGAAUUGCCCUUUAAGUCACCAGAAGGCACCUGCAGUUAAGGGGGACGAGAGCGACAAGUCCACACUGGUGUUGUUCAUAGAUUUUUGGAAAAUCCUGUGGAAGCAAAAUGAGGGUGUGAACUCAGGCAAAUACAAGUCACAUAUCAGCUUUGAAGAGGAAUGAGGUUGAGGUGUGUUUGAGCAGCAGAAUAACUUACUUUGGUUCAGUGUCAAAAGACCAUGACUACAGAUAAGCUGUAUAUGUGGACCUUAACUCAAAAAGCUUUGCAAUCCCAGAAGUACCUCAUGGACCUGGAGCUUGCUGUGUCAUGUCAAAGGCUAUUCUUAGAGUGGGUGCUUUUGUCAAGCAACAAGGCAUUAUCUGAUGCAGCUUUCAAGGUACACUGGAGUGUUACGUUAUUGAUUUGCUUUGGCGACAUCAUCAGACACUUUGUUCCACAAAAGGCAAAAGUUCCUGACUUUACUUUGCCAUCUAUGCUGAUUAGUUGUUUUGUGAUGUUCUGUUCAUUUGCGUAACUUCUCUGGUUCUAAUUGAUGGCUGACCUUUUAAUGAUGUGGAAAGUAUAAUAUUAGCUUUUAAAAACAAAAAUCUCUUGCAGAGUUGAAAAUAUGUGGCUACAGUGGUCCUUCUCCUGUUGGUGAGCCUCUUAGCCAGGAAGCUUCUGUCUUGGAACCUGAUGCUGGAGGUGGUUGUCUGGAAGAUGCUUCUCGGAUUCCUCCUCCACUGGAGGACCCCUUGGAACCAUUCGAAUCACUGGACAGAGGUAAAGGGGUCGGGUUUUGCUUUUGCAUCAUUUCCAUGUAGUCAUCAGUUAUGGCGACAGCUAUAUGGAGUUUGCUGGAUAAGGGGCUUCUCUGGAUAGUUUGUCCUGAGGCCUGUAUAAAUGCAGUCAGUAGCAACUUCUCUGCUGAUCACAAAGUGUUCUGUGCGCUGUCUGCAGCUAGCUCCCAUGUGUGAGCAUGUGCUGCUGCUGUUACAGAUGUGCAGGCUCUGCAGUAACAUUGUCCUUGUGCCUUUUGAUACUUGCCCUCUAAGCCUAGGCAGCUAUGGGCAAAAGUGCUAAGCCUGUUUGCCCUUUCUCCAUCUUACUGAUGAUUGUGGCUAGCUGCUAAAGUAAAAACAUUCAGAUAGGAUUAAAUAGGAGACUCGUCAGUGUAGGGACCCUAGCAUUAAUGGUACUAAAGGCACAUGCUCACUUUUGAAUUUCCUCUUGAGCUAUAUUUCUACAUAAUGCCAAAUGGACACUUUGAGAGUCCCAAAAUAGCAAUUUGGGGUCAGUUUGUGCUGUAUAAAACAAUAGACAGGUGGCAAAUAGGCUACCCUGAAGAGAACAGCUGGCUCGUAAAUUUGGCACAGGAAGAGUUAUGGACUCCAAUUUUGGUCCACUACUUAAACUUCAUACCUGACCUUUGAUCCCAAUACAGUGGUACCUCUGGUUACAUACUUAAUUCGUUCCGGAGGUCUGUUAUUAACCUGAAACUGUUCUUAACCUGAAGCACCACUUUAGCUAAUGGGGCCUCCUGCUGCUGCCGCGCCACCAGAGCACAAUUUCUGUUCUCAUCCUGAAGCAAAGUUCUUAACCUGAGGUAAUAUUUCUGGGUUAGCGGAGUCUGUAACCUGAAGCUUAUGUAACCUGAAAUGUAUGUAACCCGAGGUACCACUGUACUAGUGUUUGGAAGCAAGUUGCCUUAAGCGUAGAUAAACAUCUCCUUGCAGGAUCCUUAUUUUCCAGCAGUACUUUAAGCCAGAGAUUCAAACUGAAUGCUUGUAGCUGUCUAUAUAUAACUCCAUUAGAUUUUUAAUGCUAUCAAUUUUAUUAAACUUUAUCCAGAAUAACCCCCAAAAAAUAAAUAUUGCAAGUUUCACAAAAGCAAGAAGAGCAUGCACGCUGCUAUAUGUAUAAAUUGAGGUCCACAAUGCAUAUUCCAAUAACUUCAAAAUAGCUUCUGUCUUCAUUGGCCUAAAUAGCGCUACCCUUACCAUUAUUUAUCCAUAGAUAAUAGGUGUUUAUCAGUCGUUACAGCUUCAUUAUUUAUUGUUUUACCAUGAAAUUACAAUUCUUGUUGCUCCUAAUAGAUUUUGGAUCAGAUAUAUUUACUGGAAAUAUAUUGCUUACAAUAUCCCAAUAAUUAAGCAAUAUAUAGGUUAAUUGACCAUGCUCUAACACCAUCCCCCAACAUGCUUUAAUACCCAUAUGCUUCAAUUAUCAUGCAUUGCCUUGUGUUUAUAAGCCACUAUCCUGACCACAUCUUUUCCAGUAUUUGCUAUUAAACUUUUUAUCCACCGUUAAGUCAAUUAACACUCAAAUUAAUUAUUUUAACUCCCUUAAGAUGAGGAAAGUGGCUGACACUGAUGAAGGCAUAUAUAUUCCUUGAUCUUGAGCAUGUUUCCCAAUUUACUACCUCAGUUGAGGAUAAUUGAAUUCAAAAUUAUAUAUUAUUCCUUUAUCCACCUUCCUGAGUAAUAGGUUUGCAACAUUGGAAGAGGUAUGAAAACAUAAUGGUUUUCCUAAACAAAAACAUCAGAUUUUAUGAAAGUUGAUGAGGAAGUUGUUUCUCAUCAGUUUUUCUAAUACCUUUUCAUAUAUAGGUGAUCCAAUUUAUAAUCUUGUUUUUCCACAUUUCUGAGAAUUCUCCCAGGAACUGGGGAAAUCUAAUUACUGUGUUGGUUUUCACUUUCAUGAAACCGCAGGCAAUUCCCUUCUCCGUGUGUGAAAAAUCAUGUGAAAUGGGAAGUCCCUGGUUAAAAUCCCCUUCUGCCAUGAAGGUGUUGUUGGCCUUAUGUGUGCCUGUAUUCCCUCUGCUUCAGUUUUCUCCCUGUGAUAUGGACAUAAUACUGCUCCAUCUGUAGUAGAGAUUACAGAGCAGGAUAUAAAGUAUGCUAUAAAAAUGCUAUUAUUAACAAGCAGACACUCAUGGUUUUCUAUCUUGUCUUAACUUUACUUUUUUUUAAAAGGUGGUUUUCUAAAAAGAAUUGCAUAGCCAGUGUGACCAAGUGAUUAGAAAGUUGAACUUGGACUGGAUUUCAAAUCCUUAGUAAAUCAUGGUUGGCCUUGUCCAAGUUGCAGUCUGUUUUCUCCCUCUCUUUAGAAGAGUAGUAUUAAAGACGAGUCUCAUUUUGCAAAUUAAUAGUGCUCUAGAGCAUGUAAGUGAUCCUGUGAUCCUAGCUGAGAGUAUUGUGGGGGUGAGGCUGCUGAGUUGGAUGCUAAGCAACAGAUGUUUCUCCCGAUUCAUAAAUUGCAGACCCAGGGACAGGAGAUCUUUAUGAAAUGGAUACAUCCGAGCUGGUGAGUGGCAAAUCUCCUCUGGAAGACCCUCCUGACAUCUCUGCCCUGGAUUGUCCUGGCAGCCCCUCUCUCAACCCUUCGGACUCAUUCAGUCUAUUGGCGGAUGACAGCCAGCCUGACACCUCACUUUUUGGAAAUGCCAGUUUGGCGCCUGUUCUUGAAGAGUCUGUUCUGCAAGGUGAGAAAGGACUACAGGUUCUAAGAGAUAUAGCUGCCCCUUUGUUUAGAGGAAUAUUGAACUAUAAAUUUUAUGGUUUGACUCUUCUGGGUUGUAACAAAAGAAAUCUAGAGUCCUGGUGGGCUGUGUUCUAGUAAUAAAUUAUCUUGUAAUUAUUGGCAACAUUGUAGCAUAUGUUCACUUGAAGACGUAUAAAUGAAGGUUUAUAUGUACAGCCAUUAUGUUUUUGUUUUGGUAUAGAUGGGGAUUAAAUUUCUUCCAUUGUCUGAGGAUAAUCAUAAUCUUAACUUCAUAAUAUCCUGGAGGGGGGUGCUGUGAUAAUGCCCAGUAGGUUGUUAUUAAACUGUACUGAAUUAUAUUAGCCAUCACUGAAGAGGCUGUAUAUCUACUUUUUGAGGUGCAUGUAGACUUUGCAUCUCAUAGCAACCACAGUAUAGAAUGGAAAAUGUGUGCUAACCCUUGAGUAAAUUCAGUACAGAAGAUAAGGAAUUGGUUAAAUUUGGAAUGCAUAGAUGACGUGACUCUUUUAUAUCCUGUGAGGCCUUCAGUUUUCUCCCCCUCUUCCUUGAAGUCUGUUUGGAAGUGUCUUAAACAAUGCACAGUGGGGAAAACUAUGCUGGGAAAAGAACACAUAGCCAAGGCAGGAUUAAUCCCUGACCUCCUGCCCAUCGGCUGAUGUCACCAGUAUCAUCAUUUGAUGGAUGGGUUGGUGUAGUUAAGGGGAAACAGCCUUACAAGUCAAAUUGGACCUCCUAAUGGGCCAAGAUUGACCCACAGGCCAGGGGUUCCACACCCUGACUUAGCGCAAAGUGAGUAAUUUAUGUGAGUACUCUUUAAGUGUGUCGGUAGAUGUAUAACUAAGUACUGGUAACCCCUACUCUUCUUCAUCUGUCUUCGCUUUUCUAGAUUAUAAUUAUUUUCCUCUCUGCAUCCCCAUUUACCUGUUUUUGCCUUCUUUGCUGCAGACAGCAGCCUGGAGUUAACAGCUGUGAGUGAAGUAGGACAAGAGGGCACAGAAUUUCUGGAUUCACAAGCACCACUUGAACCAGAAGCUCUAGAUACCCCCUUGGAAGAGGCAACCAAGAGCAGUUGCCCAGAAGACUCCACAUCCAUGAUAGAGGGGGACAGUAAAGAGGCCUCAACAUUCAGUGUGUCAGCAAAAAGUAAGUAGACCCAUUUCCUGAAGACCUCUCAGCUGCCUAGACUGCAUUUUAAAACAUUAGCCGGUGCUUGUUAGUGUUGGUAACAGUAGUUCUUUCUGCUCAGGUGAUGUUCCAAGAAGGCGGAUAGCCACAGCAGAAGAGGUGCGGUACCCCUUAAAGCAUGGGUAGGUAGCAUCAUCUGCUUGGCGGGGUGGGUUUCUGCCUUGUAAAAGGUGCUGAUCAAGGCAUGAUGUCUUGAAUUGGACAGUGCAUGUAUCUAGUCUUUAACAGGCCAUCUUUAUGUUUAGGUGGCGAAGGGAGGUGUAUAUCAAGAAGGGAAGCAGCCGUUGGCAAGGAGAAACCUGGUACUACGGGCCCUGUGGCAAGAGGAUGAAGCAGUUUCCGGAGGUGAUAAAGGUAAAACGUGGUUCUCAGAGGGGAAUUGGUGGUGACUUGAGCUCUUUUGGGAACCACUUUUCCCUGGACACAGUUCCUGUUUCUUCACUCAAGGGCAAAGAGACCUUCUACAGGAGUGGAUUCACUUGCCUUUGAAAUCCUAUAAUUGUUUUUAUAGUUAAUCUCUCUGGUACGUUUCAUGGGAAGUGAGUCAUAAAUAAAGCAAAAUAAUAAUUUGAUGUAACAACCAGGACUCUGGUUUUUACCGUGCCACAGUGGUAGAGGAAGACAGGGUGCUGAGUUGCUAUGGGAUUCUUCCUUGCCUCGGAUCUGUUGGAGGCAGUCAGCCCUGCAGAGCAGCAGUUUGACAUUGAGAUGAUAUUUGUAGUGACGGUUGAUAAACUUUUGUCGUUUAUACCGUAUGGAGCAGAGGUUUCCAACCUUUUUGAGUCCAUGGCUCCCUUGACCAACUAUAUUCUUUUUGUGGCACUCCCGUGAUGCUCAGGAGCCCAGUUAUGUCACUCCUUUCCUGCAGAGCUGGCAGCCUUUUUUGUACACAUUCCCUUGUGGAGUGUUCCCUCAAUCUCCUCUCCUCACCCCUCUCCUUGAGAGUCCUCCAGGCAGCCCCUGCCCCUGGUCUCUGAGCUGCCCCACCCCACCCCAAAGAGAGGUGCCUCCUCACAUUGCCUCACAGGGGCCUGGGACUUGUCUGUCCAUUCCCAACAGCAAGGGCUGGCUGGGUGGCUGGGCUCCCCUGCCAACUUGCUUGCUUACUCUGAGGCCGCCUCAGCUCCAGGCAACCAGCACCCACUGGCCAGACCCAGAGGCACCAUUCGCCUUCUGAACUUGUAGCCAGGGCUGAUGCAGCAAACAGCCACACAAGCCUUUGGGAGGCACAGGUGUGAGAAAGCAUCAGAGGAGGGAGGGAAGGAAAGAGGGACAGAGGCCAGUGUUGCCCGCGGCAUCCCUGACCAGUCAAGGCACACCAGGGUGCCACGGCAUACUAGUUGAAAACCACUGGUAUAGAGAACUAUUUGGAAAGCAAAGUGGUAUGGGGAUCAGCACUACUUGACUAUCUCUCUUUGUUAUUGUUCAGUGGUCCUGCAUUUCAGAUAGCCUAUGACUCUUCAGUCUCUUCCCCUGCCCCCUGCUUCAAGCCUUGUUACUUCCUCUCAGACAUGACUCACAGUAGUCACUUGGGAGCUUGGGAACUAUUAACUGUGCUGAAUGUGAUUUCUGCUUUAGAGCAUCAGUCCAGAAAUCGGCUUCACCCUCUUCAGAUUCUUUCUACCAGACUGCAAGUGGCCUUACUUGUUAAUACAUUAGCCCUUUCAGUAGGCAACAUCCAGCAUGAAUUUCUUGGGUGCCUUUUUCUUCUCGAGAUGGAUUCACCAAGUCUCAUUACCGCCAAAGGGCAUGGUGUCCACCUCGUAGAGAGCCCCUCCCCUAGUAAGAGACUAGAUGCUACACAGGAUCUGAUCAGCUCAUAUUUUGGCCGUUUACUUCCCUUCCAGUAUCUGAGCAGAAACAUUGUGCAGAAUGUCUGUCGUGAACACUUCAGCUUCAGUCCUCGAAUGCCAGUAGGAGACUUCUUUGAAGAGCGAGAUACACCCCAGGUUAGUAAUGGUAUUAGUCCAGGAGUUUGCUAGGGAUCACUGGCACCAAUCUUGUUUACAGCUGUCUGUAGGUGAUCAUGUGCUUCAGGGGAGGGAAUACAAAUGAAGCUUUAUAAGGCGCAAGAUGUUUCUGUGCCUAUUAUCAGUUUCAUAACUGUGACACAAGGACAGCAUAGCUCCAUUCUCCAAUUCCUGUGACAUCAUUGCAAAACCAGGUACUGGUGCCAUCAUAGGGCCUUGGCACUAUGGGUUGGUAAACUGUGAAGAAAGAGUUUGCCAACCUCUUCCCUACCUCACAGUCCCUUUCUUGACAUCAGUUCAGAAUCUGUGUUCAGGAAUGACUGAACUUACUGGGGUGUACAGGAAGCACCACUGGGAAGCAUCACUUUUCCUUGCAGGAGGAAAAUCUGAAAACCUCUGCACCAGUUGAAGUUCGUAGAGAUUGGGAGGGAUCUAUUUCUGUAUCUCUCUCUUUCUUUCACAGGGCCUGCAGUGGGUGCAGCUGACGCCUGAGGAAAUUCCUUCCCGGAUCCAGGCCAUCACAGGCAAACGUGGCCGACCCCGCAAUACUGAGAAAGCCAAGGCCAAGGAAAUGCCCAAGGUGAAACGUGGCCGUGGCCGUCCUCCCAAAGUGAAAGUGCCUGACCUGCUGAGCAAGAUGGAUGCCAGGGUUCUGAAAAGACUGGAAGCCCAAGGUACCAGCUGGACAGGCCCCUUCUGCAUGCCGGGAGCUUUCACAAGAAAGAGCUUUAGUUUGUGGCAGGAGUUGUUUGUCAGUCUCUGGAGGCAGGGCUGUUCAUUCUGUGUGCCAAGAAAAUUCAAUUUUUGCUCUCAAAACUAAAGCAUAUAUCAACAAGAUGCAUGCAAAUCUGCUUAUUUUACAUCAAUCUCCAUUUGCAUGCCUUUUCUGGAAACUAAUGUUUGAGUUUUUGCAAAAUUUGGAAUUUCUUGUCAAGGAGCGGUGUGGCAGCAGGAAGAGAGAAACGGAUAAGCAAGGGGCAGUAAAAGUAUAUAGGUAAGAGAACAUGACUGGAGACUGAGGGGAGGGGCAGGUAGCUAAACAUGGCAUAAAAGCUCUGCCCUGGAGGAUUGGAAGUACUUGCAGACAUUGUCUUCCUAGCUUUCUUUUGUGUCUCCACAGCAAUGAGGGAUAAAAACUUGUGCUUUAUAUAUAUUUUUAAAGACUAGCUCAGAGAUUCAGGAGUAGAAAUAUGACUAGAAUUCUAUGUGGGUUGCACGCAAGCAAUCUUUAAACAGAUUGUGGUCAAUCCUGGUGCAUCAUGAGUAGCUUCCAGUUAGCAUUGGCUAAUCUUUUCCUAACCCUCUGAGGGCUGCAUGCCAGCAACGGAUGUGAUCAGAAGUGUGCAUGGCCAAGUUACACAUGUCCGUUUACACAAACGUACACACACUCAGCAUGCAUACACAUUCAGACCUACUCCUCGCCCCAACACACAUUCAGGCAGACAGAUAGAUAAACAGACAGGUCCUCUGAGUGCCAGUACGGCUGCGGGGGGUGGCAGGGAGAGGAAAAUGCUCUCUCUACUUACCUUUCAAAGACAUGGGUUAUGGCUAGGAGGAAACGGGAAGGAGCACUGCUGCUUUCCUGAACACAGACCUCCCAUCUAUAGCGGUGUGCCUGAGAGAGAAGUGGUGACUUUCAGGGGUGAGAAAUGAUUUGGUGAUUCCUGUCAACUGUAUCUGUACAGUUGAAAAAAAACUAAAGAGAACAUGUUGGUUUAUGUCUUAUCUUGGGAUCUUAUGUAGACUGAUAGCACAGCAGGUAGUAAUGAGAGAUUUUGUGGUUAUGGAUGCUCAUUCAGGGUUGCAGUCAUUAAUAAGAGGCAUUUUUGGAGAAGGAUAUAAAACUUUAACAAUUGAGAUAGAGACACACUCCCCUUUUGUGUAUCUUAGGAACAUCACCCUAAGCCUACAUCUUUUGGAGAAGUGGUACCUUAUGUAAAGCAGCCUUACCCCACCUAGUGCCCUUCAGAUGUUGUUUGACAACAGCUCCUCUAAUUCCUGAUCAUGGAUGGAGUUUUGCUCCCAAAAUCUGGAGGGCACCAACUUUGGGAAGCCUGCUAUAAAGCAUAAGGAUACUAUUAGGUAUGGAAUGGCGGGCUGUUCUAGUCUCACAAUUUUUUAAAAAUUCCCUCAUUCUCCGUUUGUAUUUGCAGAGGUACUCAGUGAUGAAGAUAAGCUGAAGAUGAGCAAGAUCAAAAAGAAAAUGAGGCAAAAGGUACAUACAAUAGAACAGGACAGUGUAUUCUUGGUGGGAAGGGGUCACAGUAUUCUCUCCCUAUGCAAGAGGGGGAUGCUUUUGGGAUGAAAGGAGCAUUUCCCAAGCUGAAGGGGUAAGGUGGGGGGGGGGGAUGAGAGCUUCCUUCUUCGGUUGCCAGUAAGGAGUUUGUGUACCCCAAGACAAACAUUCCAAAUUGCGCACCCAAGUCUGGAAUAUGUCCAAGUCAGUUGGCAUAAGACUGCUUUCACAUUUUAAAAGGAUGGAUUUAUUUAUUUUUUGGCAAAGGAUUUGAAUUGCGUAGUGGAAUGCAGGAAAAAAAUUACAUGGGUUUGUAUUUUAGGGACAGGAAAGCAAGGAAUAAGUUUCCCACUGCUUGUGCGCUAAUUCGGUGCGAUUCUAGGCAUUUCUCUACAGUCAUGAGGGAUAGAAGCAUUUACUCACAGUUGAGAUGCUCAGAAUGCCAAAUCCCACCAUUGAUUGUGUGGUGAAUCUAAGCAGUAUGUGAAUGUAUGCUACCCUAGUUAGCUGUGGAACGGGCAUUAAGGGUCUGUCCCUUGGGCUUGGCUGGAAGCUCCAGCUGGUGCAAAAUGUUGUGGCUAAACUCUUGGUGGGGACACACUACCAGUUCAUAACUGCAGUCCUUAAAAGUUUGCACUGACUGCUUGUAUAUUUCUGGGCAAGUUUAAGGUUCUUUUGUUAAAUUCCAAGGCCCUUAACAACUUGCGUGCCGGAUACUUGAAGGACAGCCUGAUUCCUUAUAUCCCUGCCUGAUCACAAGAUAUGCAGGGGAGUCUCUGUUAUUGAUCCCUCCUCGCUCAGCUUGUAUCCACUAGGAGCCAUGUUUAUUGUGGGCCCAAUUCUGUGGAGUCCCCUCCUAGCUGAGAUCAGACAAGCCCCCUCUCUGUUGAACUUACAGGUUCUUGACAAAGAGCUUUCUAUUCAAUUAGAUAUUUUAAGUAAGUUGUGUGAGACUUCUUUUAGGUUUUUACCUGUGGUUUUUACUGUUUAAAACACCUGUUUUAUUAUUUGACUGAUGUGUUGUCAGUGCAGUGAUGCAUUUCUUUAUUGCUUUGUAAAGCACUUGGAAACCACAUUUACAUUGAAAAGCAGUCUAUACAUAUUGAAAAUAAAUUAAUGAAAUAUAGGAAAAGAAUCUCCCAGUUAAGCCAAAAAGCAGUCAAACUUUAAUUGAUAAAUGUUCCUAGUAAAUGUUUUGGGAGCUAGUACUGUAAAGACAGAGCAAUGGCUUUCCCCUUCCCCUUAGGUUUCUUCUUUUUGAGUGGAUUCUCUCCUUGACAGAAUUCCUCAUGCUUAUUUUUUUCCAUAGGUGCAAAAUAAGCAGAGGCAAGAGGCCAAGGCACUCAAGCCCAAAGAGGUCAAGGCCAAGGAAGUAAAAAAGAAGCCGAAGGUGGGUCAGGAAUGGCCCUUUGAAAAGUUGGAAGGUUGGCAGGUCCUGAAUAAUUGCAUGUAAACCUUGCCAUGUCUCUCCUCCUCUCCAGGUAAAGAAGGAAAAGAACAAGCCAGAAAAGAAUAAGCCAGAGAAGCUGAAGGAGAAGGCAAAGCUGAAAGAAAAAGUGAAGCCCAAGGAAAAAAAGCUGCCAGUACCAGCCAAGGUUCCCCGAAAGGUGGAUAAGAAUCUUCUAGCUCGGCGUCAGGAAGAACGACAGCGGCAGCAAAUGAUUCUGGAGGAAAUGAAGAAGCCCACUGAGGAUAUGUGUCUAGGGGACCACCAGGUGCAUAGAAUUGCUUGGCUUUUUAGAGGUUGGGAGACAGCCCCCUAUUCCAUUUGUUUAUUUAUUUAUUUAAAUCAGUUUUAAACCAGUGUUAUGAAGUCACAGUAUGGUAUGUUUCUGUUCUGCAUGCUAACAGUAGCAAAAAAUGCAGCAUAGAACAGUGCACCAUGCCUAUACCAUGCUGUUCCAAAUAUUAUGAAGGGGAAAUUUUCAAACCUGUAGCAGCUGUGUGUUUAUUGUAACAUGAAAGUCCUCAUCCCUUACCAAGACACUCCCGCCCAAGCAACACUAUUUUGUUGUGUAGCAUCAGCUUAGGGGGUCUUCUGGGUUUACCACAAAAUGAUAUCUGGCACUGAAACUGAGGCGGUGACUCUGGCUCAGAUGUUUACAUCUCAGGAUGCCAGUUUUCUGCACCAGAUUCCUUAAUUGUACCAAUACUAAACAAACAAUGCAUUUUUGUCUAAAUAUGCGAGCCUUUCAGUACUUUCCUAUAUUUGCUCAGUUGAGACACUUGAUUGUCUCACAACAUUGUUCUGUCACCUAUGGCCAAUUAUAAGACUUUAGCGUCUGAUAUAGUGUUUUGUCAUAUAUUUACUGGGUUGAUCAUUUAGUUCUUCCACCAAAAGGCUAAGAUUGUCUGAGCUAUUCAGUUCUAUCUCACUGAGACACUAAAGUAUUUUUCUGUGGCAUUUGAGUUCUUCUCUGUAUCUAUUCAUGUUGCUGAAUGGACUUGAUCUGGUGGAAUUUAAUAUAGUUUGAGACAGGGAAAUCUGGGCACCUGGCUUUGGAGGGCUGGCAGGCUUUCCACACUGGGAAAAUGUUCUCUGAUUUUCUACCUUGUUAGACAUUGUAUAUUAUCAGCCUUUCGUGUGGCUGAGUUGCAGUAUGAGCAGGGCUAGCUAUUCCGCUAGAUCACAAGUCUGUACUGAUGCUCUCUGUACUGAUAUUUUGUCUUUCCCAGCCUCUUCCAGAAUUUUCUCGCAUCCCUGGAUUGGUUUUGCCCAGCCAUGCUUUCUCAGACUGCUUAGCCAUCGUGGAAUUCCUACACAACUAUGGCAAGGUGCUGGGCUUUGAUGUAGCCAGGGAGGUCCCCAGUCUGAGUACGCUGCAAGAGGGCCUCUUCAAUGUAGGCGAUAGUUUGGGUGAAGUGUUAGACCUCCUGGUGAAGCUGGUGAAGGCUGCACUGUAUGAUCCUGGCCUCCCUCCCUUCUGCCAGGUAGGCCCAUGUAUGUAUGUUCUGGGUCACAUCAAUCUGCAUGUUUGAAUAUAAGAAAUCAUAUGGACUGAAGUACUGGUGUGAAAACAGAAUGGGUUUGUAGUUUGGUGCAUGCCGAAUAUUCUAGUGGUAUAAUCAGAGCUGUGUGUGUGUGUGUGUGUGUGUAUAUGAGAGAGAGAGAGAGAGAGACAUAGUUUAGACAACCCCCCAAUUUUGCACCAAGGAAAAUUGAAUACAUUUGCACAAUUUCUCUUAUUUUUGCAUAUUCUGAGUUCACUAUGAGGAAGGGCAGCAAACUGUGCAAAGCACUGAAACUCUGCACCAAACACCGAGAAUCUGCUUCAACAAGCCCUCUUCUGAGAUGUUAGUAGGCAUUGCCUACACACUUUUAUGCAAACGAAAAGCUCAGAAAGCUAGAAAAACAUUGUGUAUUUUUAAUUGAAAUGAAAGCUGAGAGUCUCAGGAAGCUGCACCCAAUACCACAUUAUGCAAGUUUCCUGUUCUCCCGUGGAAUUGUGGUAUACAUGCAGGCCUGGCUAUUGUGGUUUUUUCCUGUAUCUACUUUGUGAGUAGGAUGUAGACUAGAUUGCUGUCUAUGGAGGAUAGGAAGAAGCAUCAUUGUCAGGGAUGCUGGCUUGCUAUAGCUGCAAGCCUGCUGCUAGUGGCAGACUAUGGCUUGCAGUGCAGGUUCCUGAGAAUAGAAUUUUUCAUUUUAUUUUAUUUUUAAAAAAGAAUGCUUCUAGCAUUCAAGGUUUCAGGGAGAACUUAAAAGUUGCAUGGAAUUAUCUGCUAAAUAUUUUUAUGAGAGGGAGCUUGGAGGGAGGCUUCAUUGACCAUGGUGUGAGAUCUUCAUGACUCUUUUCCUCCCUAGUGAUCUGUUUGCAUCUGUUCUACUUAUUGCCAUCAAUUCUAUCUAGCCCUAUGUAAACUUGUACUUUAAAGGGUUGAGGGAGGCAGCUUAAUCAAAAUUCUGCGCCAAGAAAUCCUGCAAAUUGGACGUAUUAGCACAUUUGCCUGUUUCGCUUAGAACCGUUGUUCUAACCAUGGGGCAGUCUCAAUACAUUAUGGACCCAACACAUAUUGCCAGCCAUACUCUUGUUCUAUUAUUUUUUUAAAGAAGAACAGUUUAGAGUUGACAUUAAGGUGGUGGAGGUGGCUAAUUAUUGCCCAGUUGUCAUGAACAGAUCACUGCCUAGUGAGGUUUGGCUUGGUGGUAGUAGUUUUCUCCUACAGGUGGUGGUAGUUUUCUGAAAGAGUCUUGAAUGCUGUGCAGGAUGUUCCUGUUGGCAUGGCAGACACUUCUUGAUUAUUGUCCUCUCCUUUCUUCUGCCAGUCGCUGAAGAUCCUCGGCGAGAAACUCUCUGAGAUAAGCCUGAACCGUGACACUGUGUCUGAGAUCCUUCGCUGCUUCCUCAUAGCCUAUGGGGCAGAUGAGAACCUAUGUGACUGCUUGCGCACUAAACCCUUCCAGGCACUAGCCCCUGACAAAAAGGCUGCUGUGCUGGCCUUCCUCGUCAAUGAACUUAACAGCAGUGCCCUUAUCAUCAAGUAAGUGGUGAUAGCUCAGGCAAGUUGCUGAGUUGUGUCUCUCAUGGCCAUAUUAUUGUGACAGUCUGAGCUCUUAAUACGUAGAUAUGGAUGGGGAGGCAUCCUCCCCCAUGAUACUAUCUUACUCUCUUGAGCUGAGAGAGGAAAGCAAGCAGAGGAGCUAGAUGGUUCAGCAUAUCUUAGAUGCUUAGUGACCACAGUAAGGUUGCACGGCUGUAGGCAGGGACUAUCUUGUUCAUUGUUGAUUUUAUGCAAGCUGCACUGGGAGCAUUUUUUGACUGAAAAUUGGGGCAAAAAUGCUGUUAAAUAAAUAGAUAAAUGGUUUUGUGCACUUUAGCAUGUGGCCACCCAGAUUGCACCCGAGCUUUGUGUAGAAAACAUGCUGAACAGAGAACAAAUUGUUUCCUGGGAAGAUACCACUGGGAACAGAUUAGAAUAGUAUUGGACGUCCAAAUGUCCCUACAUAAGCUUUGCAUGUCUGCCUUAAAGAAAUGAGUGGCUACCUUACUCUUCCACUGACAGGUUCUCUUGUAGACUGGACUGUGUAUGUGUAGUGGGGUGGGUAAUGGAUCUUGAAUGAGCAUUGUGCAUAUAUUGAUAAAAAGGGAAUAUUUUCCAAUUCUCUGCAGUUGAACCCCACCCCACUUCUCGUUCUAAUUUUUUGUUUAACUCUUGCAGUGAAAUUGACAAGACCCUAGAGAACAUGUCUAACCACAGGAGAAAUAAAUGGAUCAUUGAAGGAAAGCUGCGCAGGUACAUAUUGAUGGAUUUAGUUUUGACCCAGUGUAACCAGAAAGCUCAGUGGGUGUGGGAGGGGCACUUAGAUGAAGAGGGCUGAGAUCAUUUCACUCUUAUAUUUAUUUAAAUCAAGUAAUCUCUGGUGGUGUGGAAUCUUACUAUAGGAGCCAAAGUGAUUAUUGAUUGCUUUAUUUUCCACCUUCUUGGAUUUACCAGAGGAUUUCCCCUCUGGUUCUCCUCCCUUUGGUAUGUGGGUCACCUAAGGAAAUAAUUCCAGAUGGCUAGUAGUUGUGCAUCAGCUCAUGCAGGCGCAGUAACUGGAUAACACUUGCCCUGAGUCUCAAUCCCAGAGUCCCUCGCUGUAAUGUAUUGUGUCCCUUUUCUCUCCAUUACUGGUGCCUUGUUGUUGCACUGUAGGUUAAAGAUUGCUCUAGCCAAGAAGACAGGACGCCCCGAGUCAGAAAUCACAGGCUUGGAGGAAGGGCGGUGGCGACGGAGCUCACGCAUCAAUGAAGAGAAUGAGGACAUGGAAAUGGAGGAGGAGAGAAGCAGAGCAUGCAGGACACGGAAAGACAAUGAGGUAGGUGAAGGUGUGAGCGAGUAAACUGAGAAGGGCGUAUGCAGUGUCCCUGAAUAUCUGUUCUAAUAGCAAAGUGCAGGUUUGAAGGGAGCAGUGUUGGUCAUACGGCAUGAGAUGCAGGACAGUUUGAGCAAUAACAUUUAUUGGACCAACUAAUUUUAUUUUAUUUCAUAAAAUUUAUACACCGCUUGAUUGCAAAAAAACCUCAAAGCGGUUCGCAAAAAGAUAAAACAAUAAAAUCAAGAGAAAUUCACAACCAUCCUUGAAAACAUAUAAAAGUUAAUAUUUUAGAACAGAUUUAAAUUGCCUCUGCUUUCUAAUAACUUCAAAGUAGUGUGACCCUUGGUAAAAAUCAUGUUCUGCCAUGGACGUUGAGGCAGAUCUAAGCUUGUCAAAACGACCAGUUCUUUUAGCAAGAUGCAAGAGUCUUAAGAAGUGAGUCUAUAUUCUCUGUGUUGCCUUUUGUAGAAUAAGAGGGCUCCCCCCGUCUCUUAGUGGAUUUUGCAACUUCAUAAGUUGCAGCAGCUGGAUCCUCCCUUCCGCUCAUCACUUCCCACUUUCUUCUUUCUAGCAUCUUUUUUAAUGUAUCCAAAGCAAUUCAGCCUAGAUUUUCUGGGAAACACGAGGGUUUGGCUCUAAGUUAUCUUCUUUCUUUCCCAGCAUGACACUCCGGUUUCCAGUGUGCCUGAGCUGGAGAGACAAAUUGAAAAGCUUUCCAAGGUAAAUGCUUGUAUUUGAAAAGAUAAGUACAGAAUGGAAGGAGCUGUAGUAGCAGCUAGACUUUAAAGUGUAUAUUGGCGAUUGUCAGUAGAAUAAUCAGGGAGGUGUGUUACUCUUUGCUGUGGUAACCAGAGCUUUGCACAGGCACUUUAUAACACAUGGUGCUCUUGCUGGUCUCCUCCUUGCUGCAGCGCCAGAUGUUCUUCCGCAAGAAGUUGCUCCAUGCUUCACAGCUGUUACGGGCUUCAUCCCUGGGGCAGGAUCGAUAUCGACGUCGGUAUUGGGUGCUGCCUCACCUAGGUGGGGUCUUCGUAGAAGGUUGUGAGGUUUCAGCAGGUAUGUAGAGCCUAAGAUGUACAAAGGCUAAACCACUUGGGGCCAUGAUAGUUGAGGAACUCCUGUUCCUAUAUCGUCCUGACUGAACAUUUAAGUUCUCCUGCGGGGAGGGGCUCCUUGGGAGCUAUACAUUAUGUGAGGAUGUUGGAGAGAGCCUUGGAAUUCUCUCCCUUCGCCCAGAGGCCCAGGAGGCACCAAUGGCAGCUUCUUUUCAGCGCUCAAUAACAACCUGACUCUUCAUGCAGGAAUUUGGAAUGUACUGGUGGCAUUACUGAGUUGGGGUCUGCCUAUUAGUUUAUUUUACAGUUUAUUGAUAUGCGAUUUUAUAGUUCCUGUUUUAUCGUACAAAUUGUGGUUUUUGUUAAUAUGUGCCUCGCCCUAAUAGUUAUUUUAUUUUUAUUUAUCGGUUUGCUUUUUUAUUACAAAGCAAGAGAUGGCACUGUAGAUCCUGGUCUGACGAGGAAGAACCCAUGUUUCUUGUGGUGUUCCGUGUUUUUUUGUGGGGUGGCUCCCUCCUCAGAACUUGGGGCCACGAGGAUUGUUGCAGCUGGCAAAAUAGAUCAGAAUUAAUGGGCUAAUUAGAAAGAGCCAUGGGACAGGUCAGAAUUUGGGGCAAGAAGAGCAGAGUAGAAGUGGGAAGUGGAGCCAGGAGGGUUGUAUGUCUGUUUUUAAAUCUGUGGGCCACAUAUCACUUUUUAAAUUGAAAUGCCAAUUUGACUGAAGUUUGCUGAGGGUGCAGAGGCAGCAUGGGAUAUAUUUGGAUGGGUGGAGUAAUUUAAUAGGGCAUUAUAUCUGCGAACUAAAUCGCACUUUAGACUCCAGCUGUAUAUAACAUUUGGCCAAUGACUCCCUUGUUGAAAAGCUGAUGCUUGAUCUUUCGGGCGCUAGCUGCUUUUUCUCUCAUUGUUCUACCCGCUCAAGAAAGCUGCACCCGCAUCCACCAAUGAUUUGAAUCAGUGUUUGUCUUGCAGUCAGUGGGUGGAGGCAGGGAAGAUAAUUUCCAAAAGAAAAAAGAUCUGCUGUACCUGUGCUUGCCUCCUUCACUCCAUACAGAGAUGAGGAAGCAGUGGCCCUUUAGGUGACAUUGGACCUUCCCAACUCCCAUCGUCUCUAACCAUCAGCCAUGCUGCUUGGAGCUGAUGGAAGAGCAUCUGGAGGGCCACAGGUUCUCCCCGCACCCACCCCUGACAUUGUAUUUUUGAGAUAAGUUUUUAGCACCAUCUUGUGGCGAAACCUAGGGAGAUAUCAUUUUUGUUGCCUCCCAAGCAGCUUCCCCUGAGACACCCAAGAACGUGCCAGAGAAGGAAGAGGCCCUGAAGGAGGAAGAACCUGAGGCAUUGCCCAUCAAACAAGAGACCACUGAGACUCCACCGGUUACUGAUUACGUAAAUGGCACAACUUCUUGGUCAUGGAGCCGGCCGUGGAGGGACAAUAUGCUGCUGCCUGAGUCGUCGGAGCCCAAGUUGCCAGAGCCCGCCCCCAUGUCUGUCAAUGGAUUUUUGGAGGAUUGUGUGCCCAUGGGCCAAUCCCAGCAUGACCUCAGCCAGUCGGCCUUCCUGUCCUGGCUCAGCCAGACACAGCAGGCAUCCUCUCUGCUCAACAGUUCUGUGCUUACCCCAGACAGCAGCCCUGGCAAAGGGGACCCGUUACCCCCAGAUGAGCUGCCAGACUCUGCCGCAGAGGAUGAAAGUGCCACAGAAACACAGGUUGCCUGGUUCAAUCUGCUGCCCCGGGCACCCUGUAAUGACUCUCCAAUUACUACCUCCGUUGAACAACCCUCUAUAAAAGCUGCCCCCCAUACCUGCAAGCCCCCGACCAGGGACCAGUCAAAGGCCUCGCCCCGGCAGGUGAGUGUCAUCUAGAGACCUUUCAUUACCAGGAAAUGCAAGCUCCAAUUCUGAUCGUGCCUGUUUCAGUGGAGGAGCAAAGGACAUGGUGCCUGCAUUAAUACAAGGAAUUGAAUGCAGGGCCUUUACCCGAAUCCUGGGGACAGUUCCCUGUGAGUGGUCUGUUUCCAUGUAACAACUAGAGCAUGGGGUUGGUGGUGGUAAUGCUAUUUCUGAAUUGCUUUGCAUUUCUUAUCUGUUCAAGGUAGGAACUAUCAGACAGGAAGCUGUAAUGUCAGGAAACUACUGUUCAUAGAGAAUCGGACAAAAAGUAAUAGAUUAGAAUUCAAGAGGUAGAUUUAGAGUUGUCAUCAGGAAGGAUUUCCUAACCGUGAAAAGUCAUUUAGAAUGAGCUUUCUCGUUGAGUGGGUAGAUCUCUUCCUGCGAAGCUUUCAAGGCAAAAGUGGAAGUGGCAUCUCUCAAGAGAUGCUUUAGGUUAUAAGAUUGCCCUGCCUCAGGACACAACUUGGUAUAGAUAAACUAUAACAUCCUUUGUUGAUCUCAUUGUCCUCUAUCUAGUUAUCCUCUUACCCUGCUAAUAUACACCAUUCCCUGGUGCCUUCCACUCGUAUAUAAUAGCUAGCAAUAAGACAACAAAUGACUUCAGAUAAGGAGGUAGCUGAGUUUUUUCAAGCCCCCAUAGUAACCUAUAAGUGUUGGCAUGAUUGAAAAAACAGCCAGGCAGCUCCUUGAGCAGAUGGCAACUCCACUAGAAGAUUGACUUGAAAGCCCUGGUAGAGCUCAUGCCUUGUCUGAUGCAUCCUGAUCUUUCCCUCUUCACAGCUGAACGGCCUUUCCACCGCCAGCCCAGCAUUGCCACAACUGGCCUCCACCCCUCUCCAUUCCAGCUCCAGGAUUCACAGUACUUGCUCCUCAAGAGCCAAGGACGUCCCCGUUAAAGGCCAGGAACCUCUAGGGCAGCCGAGACGGCGGGGGCGCCCCCCUACAAAACUCUUCAAGCAAAUUGAGCAGAAAUAUUUGACACAGUUGACAGCACAGCCUAUACCUCCAGGUGAGGGAAACCUGCAUCUCCUUUUCUUCUGUAUAAUUUGUACUAUGCGUACUCUGAAGUUAUUGAUACUAUGGUUUGGAAAAGGAUUGUGAGGGAAGAUGAAAUGGUUUACCAUUUGUAAGAAGACGCGACUGAGAAUCCGCCAUGAGUGACCAUAGGUAUCUCCUAACCCCUGGAAGCGUCACCCCACAGUGUCUUCAGUUUGUAGGACCUUGUAGAAACUGCCUAUGCAGUUUCACGUUUUCCCCAUGAGGACUAAAAAAUCUGUUCUUAAGGACAACCCCCUCAAGUACUGCACUAGAUAUGGUUGUCUUCCACAUUAAAGGCUUCCUGAACCGUGAAAGCAGCUGAUGUGCAGUUCCUUGCAUGCAUGCUGACCUGACACAAGACCCAGAGAGCAGCAUUUGGGAGCUAACAGGCAUGCUGUGCGGAAACGGUGGCUUAUUCAGUGGCCCCAGACUCUGAGCUGGUUCACCUCCCCCUCCCCAUUCUUCUCUUCCUUGCAGAGAUGCAGAGUGGCUGGUGGUGGCUGCAGGAUCCAGACGAGCUGGAAGCCGUGGUGCAGGUACUGCACCCACGAGGGAUCCGCGAGAAAGCCCUGCACAAGCACCUUAUCAAGCACAAGGAGUACCUACGGGAGGUGUGCGCCCGAGCUGCCAACGGUAAGAACUUCUCAUCGUAUGGCUGGAGUGAGGCAGGGAGCCACGUUACCACAUCCCUAACUUCUCUAAUGGACUCUUCUGGUCUUCCCACCUAGAUCCCAUCUUCCAGACCCAUCCUGAGGAUUCCGCCCACCCUGUCUCUCAGGAAACCUUGGCCCAGUGGUCGAUGGCUGAGCGGGCCUUUGAGGCAGACCUGUCUGUUCUGCAGUGGGUGGAGGAGCUGGAGCAGCGGGUACUCAUGGCUGAUCUACAGAUCCGAGUAGGUACCAUGGUCCAGGGUAGGCUGAGUCCCUCCUGAUAACUCUUCUUAUUAUUGUGGGUGGGGUGGGGGAUGAUCUCACGUUGUACAGAUCACCCUGGGGGGUGCCUGCUAAUCUCUAGAUCUGCCGUAACAAUUUAAAACAUACAUUCAGAUCUUUCCUUGUUUCUGGAGUUGGAAAACUGAGGAGAGAAAUGACCCAGGUCAACUUAAAAUCCUACCUUGGCAUUUCCAUUCUUGCAUGUGGGCAUUACUCCCCAGCUGGCACCUUUGCAGCUACACUGCCCUGCAGAAAGCUAAUCAAUUUGAGAGCAAAGACUUCUCUUUUUUUGUUGUGGCACCUUUAGAGGUCCAUGUACAUUGGCAGCACCAUAUGACGAUUCAAGGUUCUUUGUUUUGAUGGGCUAUCUUAAGACUGUGAGUGUUCUGGUACAUGGGGGCUCCUUUGCACAUCUGUGCCAGAGGCACCAUCAUUAUUUGGUGCAAAUAUUUUUCAUUGGCAACAGGAGUAGCACAACCUUGAAAACUGUGUACCUGCAGGAACUGGUUUCGGUUGGUACAUGGAAAGAAGAUUCACAAAUGCAUCUGGGGUUCCCAGAGUGUGUCACAACCCCCUCUUCUUCCUGCCAUGCCCUGAUCUCACGUUUUUGCUUUCCACCUCCCCCCCAGGGCUGGACAAGUCCAGAACCUGAUUCUGUUCGGAACGACUUGCAGUACUGUGAGCAUCAGCUGGAGCUUCUGGAAGACAUCACCAUAAAAAACCGGCGUGAAGGACCAGCUAUGAAGCGUGAAACCACCAACCCUUUAGACCUAGCUGUGCUUCGCCUGACAGAGCUAGAGCAAAACUUGGAGCGGAGAUACCUCAGAGAGCCCCUCUGGCCUCCUCACGAGGUGGUGGUAGAAAAAGCUUUGCUGAGUAACCCCAGUAACCUUGAGCUGGGUACCACAGAAAUGUAGGUGUAUUCUUUUACUGUUGACUGAAUUGCCAGGGCCUCACUCCUAAUGAGAAUCAGGGUCGUCUCACUAUUUAUAAAAAGCUUUUUUUAAUACCUUUCCUUUUAACCCAGGGACUCCUAAAUCAGUUUACAUUAAAGUAAAAUAGUAAAAACCCACAGGAACUAACAUUUAAAAAACCUCUUGUGGAAAUGGGAGAAUAUGGACUUUGUUGGGGCAGGAGUCUUGAUAAAUUCCAGGUCUGUUUGCAUUGAGAAGAUACUAAGAUGAAAGGAAAAAAGCUGCUGCUGUUGGUUGUUUUGACAUGAGGCUUUUUAGGCAAUAGAAAGUGGUAAAUGUGUGCAUUGCAGCAAAAGUGAGAAAUCUGGUGAAUGUUGACAUUUACCAGUAAGUCUUACGGUUUUACAAGGCUCAGCAGGAAAUGUCAGAAAUCUUAUUGGCAAGAAUCUGUUUCUCUCAGGCCUGAGGUAUGAUAAAUAUCCUUUUUGCUGCAUAUGAUGGAAAUGAGAAUGAUUUGAACUUAAGGCUACUGACAUUUAAUCCUGUUAGAUUUCCUUUUGGGCCUACUUAAGUCUUUGAGGCUUAACAAUAAAUGUCAAAGUUCACCAGAUUUCUAAUGUUUACCUAGCAUGCUUAUGAGCUAGGCGAUGAUGGACGUUAAUGAGAACGAAAUAUAACAGGGAUGUAGAUGGUUUAGAGCAGUAAGAUUCUGAGCCAGAAGCUAUAGAUUCCCCUGACAAUUCCAUCCUGGAGCUUCAGAUGAUGCGCCAAAGGCCUGCCAUCUCUCACAGUAUGUUUCCAUUUGGAAUGGCCCCAAAAGACUCCAAGUGAAGAAUUUCCUUUGCUGGGCAGGAUUGACUUCCCCCCAUCGUAAUGGAUUGCUAUUUUUUCUUCUGCAGUUCAUACGAGAUCACACCUCGGAUGCGAACGUGGCGCCAGACCUUGGAGAGAUGCCAUAGUGCAGCCCAAGUUUCUCUGUGCAUCUACCAGCUGGAGCGUUCUGUUGCCUGGGAGAAGUCCGUUGUCAGAGCGGUGAGGAAGGAGCACUGGGUUGGGGGUAGGAAAUAUAAGGAAGCGUAAAUGAAGAAAUCAAAGUGAACAUAGGUAACUUGUGAAAUCCCUGGUGCAGAGAAGAGAGUUGAUCCUCCUUGUGUGGCCUUUAGAGGCACAUGUGUGCUGAAGCCUGUACUAGGAGGAGAUGAAGCAGCUGUGGGAUCUGCAGAAAGAUCUCUCUGUUCCAAAGGGGUUGGCUAGAGCAGAGCCGUGGCUUGGAUGAAUCUAGCUGGGAAGGAGCUCAAUUUGGGGACAAGGGAAAAGGGAGAGCUCUCGGAGCUCAACUUUGGCCUUGGACCUCUGAAUGUGGUGCUGGUCCUCACCCCUCCUUGUUCUCCCUGCCCUUCAGACUUGCCUAGUGUGCCGGAAAGGGGAUGAUGAUGAGAACCUGCUGCUAUGCGAUAGCUGCGAUCGUGGCUGCCACCUCUACUGCCACCGGCCCAAGAUGACCGAGGUGCCGGCCGGUGACUGGUUCUGCUCCCUCUGCAUCGCUCAGGUGCUGGCUCCAUGUGGGCUAGAAUCUGUCCCAUCCCAAACUCUUUGAUACUUCCUCCUUGACUGGCAGGGCUUCCUUUGCUCCACAAUUUGUACUGAGAUGCAUUCCAAGGGAGGGAGUGUUGAAUGUUGGAGCGUGUGGGGAGUGUGCAACAGUGUGGGACCGUGCCGUAUCCCUAGCAGAUAGCUCUAGGCUUUUUGUGCUGCCUUUGGGAAACCCUUCCCUGAAGUGGGAUUCCUAAAUUCACCAGUUUAUGGUUCUUUACUUCCCUCUCUCUCACACACACAUCCCUGUCGCCCCUACAAUUUCUCUAUGGUACAGAUGCAAAGAGAAUACCAGGAUGACUAUGGCUCUCCACGACGUGGCAAGAAAAGAAAAGGUGGAAGUUCCGGGGCUUUUUUUGGAAAGGAGGAGCUCAGGCCCCGAUCUCGGUCAGCAGCAAACCAGCAGCGCAGUAACCUGGCCAACGUACCGCCCCGAUACUCGGGUGAAGGCCUAUCUCCUUCCAAGCGAAGAAGAGUGUCUACACGAGGCCAGAGUGCCGACCUCACCUUCUGCGAGUAGGUGUCACCUCCCCUGGUGUCCAGGGGAGAAGGGUGUGGAGCAGAAUAUGCCAUAGGGAUAAGCUUUCAGUUAGGUUUGAAUGGAGAGGAGAAAGGACCGUUUGCUCUAAGACUUGCUGUGGCCUAGAGAUUCAGAAGCAGAGUGGCGCCUGGAGCAUCUGAGGGCUGUGGAAGGCUUGUAAAUCCCAUUUGCUUUCCCUGGGCUUUUUGCAUCUGCCACGCAUAGAGACAUCCACAGCGGACAUGGGGUGAAGCAGCCCCACUCUGUGAGGGAUUUACAUUGGGCUUCUGCAGCAGCUGUUUCCUCUCAGAUGUGCUGUGGCCCAGAGAUUCAGAAGCAGAGAGGCAGCUGACGGGAAACCUUUGCCCACCAGAGCAACCCUUGCCUAUUUAGUUGAAUUAGUAAGAACCUCUUCGGUUUUUAGGCGAUCCUACUGAAUUUAUUUGAAUGAUCCAAAUAAAUAAUUUGGUUAGAGUGUCAGUAAAUCCACUCUAGGGCUGCUCCUGCUCAUUGGGAGGCCUUCUCAGCUUGACCAAUAAGCUCUCCAGUUUCUUUAGCCCUGACUCUAUGUUGGCCGCUUUUUGCCAGGAUCAUCCUGAUGGAGAUGGAAUCACAUGAAGCUGCCUGGCCUUUCUUGGAACCAGUUAACCCCCGGCUAGUGCCUGGCUAUCGGAAAAUCAUCAAAAACCCUAUGGACUUUGCCACCAUGAGGGCACGGCUGCUGCGCGGCGGGUGAGUCCAGGGAGGGAGCUUGCUGGUGGCAGGGCCAGCUCAAGGCGUUUGCAAAUCCAAAUGGCGCUCACACAACCCCUUUCUAAUUGUGGGGGUUGGUCCUGGUUGGAGGGUUUUGUGUGCUACAAAUGGGGUAGUUUUGUGCAGGUAGAGCUAGCGUGCGCCUCAUGGUGGUCCCAUGCAGUGUACCACAGCCCUUGGGCUGGGCUUCUUUUGCAGAGUUACUAAACUUGAGGUCUCCAGAGGGCUUACUGAGGGAAAGGUGAUGCUGCGCAGGGAAAGGAGUGUGUGACAAGGCCUGCCUUGGGGAGGCCAAGCGUUGUGACGUAGGAAUGGCAGAGGUAGUGAUCGCAAAGCUGGUGUCCUUUGCGAUCAUGCAAAAUUUGAGUUAAAACUUUUUAGAAAAAAGGCGCAGUGUCUUAUCCACCACCUGGGCAUGAUAUUGGAAGAGAUUUUUUCAAAAAAAUAAAUCUUGAGGGGUGGUAGCUGUAUCAGUCUGCUUCAGAAAAACCAUCCAAGAGUGCUGUAGGAUCUUGAAAACUAACCCCUUUAUUAAUGCAUGAAAUUUUGUGGACCAGAGUCUGGAUGUAUGGAGCAUUACCCCAUGUUGGCAGGAAUAGACAGUGGUACCUUGGGUUACAGACGCUUCAGGUUACAGACUCCGCUAACCCUGAAAUAGUACCUUGAUUUAAGAACUUUGCUUCAGGAUGAGAACAGAAAUUGCACGGCAGCGGCAUGGCGGCAGCGGGAGGCCCCAUUAGCUAAAGUGGUACCUCAGGUUAAGAACAGUUUCAGGUUAAGAACAGACCUCCAGAACGAAUUAAGUUCUUAACCCGAGGUACCACUGUAUAUGCAAGAUUGGACUAUAUUUAAGUUUAAUCAGAAUUGUCACAGUCUGUACUUUUAGAAAUUUAUUUCCCUCUGAUUUCACGGCUUUAUUUCCCCCUCUUCCACACCCAUGUGUAUAUACUUGCCAACUUGGAAAGCACCUACAUCUGAUGAGCUGGACUCUUGCUCAUGAAAGCUUACACCACAAAUAAAUUUGUGUUAGUUCUUAAGAUGCCACAAGAUCUUUCCUUUCUAUUUCUUACAGUGUAAAUUAAGGUCUCGGACUUGAGAAACCUUCCUGUAAAUUAGCCUGCCGCUAGCUGCUCAAGCUCAGCAGCCUCCUCCCUUUCCUAAUGACACCUGCAAAUGGUGGUAGCCCAAGCAAGGGAAAGACUGGUGGAAUUGCAGUCCUGUAGGGAGUCAUUCCUACAGCUGACAGGUCCCAAAUCCAAAUUACACCAUAGCUUAAUGCUGUUGAAAAAGAAGCUGGUGCAAUUAGCAUUGGACUGGAGCCUGGGAGAGCAGGUGUCGAAUCAUAGAAUUGUACAGUUGGAAAGGACCCUUGGGGAUCUAGUCCAACCCCCUGCAGUGCAUGCAGGAAUAUGCAGCUGUCCCAUACAAGGAUUGAACCUGCAACCUUGGCAUUAUCAACACUACGCUCUAAUCAACUGAACUACAGUGGUGCCUCGCAAGACGAAAUUAAUUCGUUCCGCGAGUUUUUCCGUCUUGCGGUUUUUUCCGUCUUGCGAAGCACGGUGUCGGAAAAGUUUUGGAAAAGCUUCAAAAAUCACCGAAGUCUUCAAAAACCUCAAAAAAGGCUACCACACCGUGCUAUGAGUUGCUCCUCAAAGUCAAGUCGCAACUGUAUUAAUGGUUUUAAGAAAAAGGAAACAAACUUGCAAGACGUUUCCGUCUUGCAAAGCAAGCCCAUAGGGAAAAUCGUCUUGUGAAGCAACUCAAAAAACCAAAAACCCUUUCGUUUUGCAAGUUUUCCGUCUUGCGAGGCAUUCGUCUUGCGAGGUACCACUGUAUUGAGUGCUGAUUCAAAAAGCACGAUCCCCACUAAGUUAUUAAGCUCACUAGGUGACUUAAGACUAGACCCUACCUCACAGGGUUGUUGUGGAGGUAGAACAGGGAAAAGGUGCACUACUUGGAGGAAAGGCAUGGUAUAAAUGUAAUAACAUGAUAAUAAUCUGCCCCUGCAUUCUAGCCAUUGGGAAGAAAUGAAGGAAGGGGAGGGGAGAGCUUGAGAGGAGGGUGAUUCACAGUAACUCAGAGCUGGCUAAAGCAGUGUGCAUUGAGACUGCCCUCACCACCAAGGGAUAGGAUUGUGGCGCCUGCAGUUUCUGUCUGAGUGCUGGACGUCUUAGCUGCUUCCAGGAAGCUGACUGCUGCUCUCUUUGUCCUCCGCAGGUACACAAGUUGUGAGGAGUUUGCUGCUGAUGCUGCCCUGGUGUUCGACAACUGCCGGACCUUUAAUGAGGAUGAGUCCGAGGUGGGCAAGGCAGGGCUGACCAUGCGCCAGUUUUUUGAGAGCCGGUGGGAGGAGUUUUAUCAGGGAAAACAGGAGACAAACCCAUGAAGCUGGCAGAAUGGGGAGAGAUGAGAGGAGCCAAAGGCGAAGCCCUCCCAUUUCAAAACCCUGUGCUGCACACUGUCUCUUCUGGAGCUCAUCUUGCUACCUGCUGAUUAAUGUUUCCCCCUCUCACAAUGAUUGGACUUGGAUUGGCAUUUAACGAUGGGGCGGCUUCACUCACCGCCUGGAUCCUCAGAAGCCCCCCCCCCUCACUUCUUCGCUCUAAACAACACAAACUCUCUGAACUGUGUAAGCCAAAAAAAAAAAAAGUUUCCUUUUUUUCAAAUGGAGAAACAACCACCCACAACCCCAGCUUAGCUGGGGCUAUUUAAUAAUAGCAAUAGUUCUUAGUGAAUGUGUAAGAACACUUUUUUCUGUGCAGUGUCAGUACCAUGCAUUAAUGGCCAGUAACGUGAACGUUAAGUUUUUCUCCUUUUUAGAGUCGCGUUGAAAAUGUAUAAAGCAGAUCACUCCUGCCUCUGGGAAUGACAACCUUGAUGACACUGAAACAUGCUGCUUCUACUCCCCACCCCUUUGCCCUUUCCAACUCUGUCUCAACCAGCCUCUUCUCCCCACCACUGCUGAACAACCACUGUAGCUGUGGACGGUUCCUUCCCCCAGUUUCCAAUGAUCUUUCUGAAACCAAGGGUAUAUGGCUUAGAGCUGGUGUUCAUCUGGAGGAGUUGGGAUGUCGAGGUACUUCUGCCCAUGUGAAUGCAAGAUGUACUCCCUUCUCAAGGGUAUCACCCCUGUGAGCCACAUUCUCUUGGUUCAACUAAGAUGGGCUGCUUCCAGAGGGGUGGUCAUAGCUUGAGCUCUUCGUAUGAAAGUGGGAUCUUGCAUUCCUAUAUUUGGUUAAUCUACAUCACACACACCCCCGCUCAAUAUUGGUUUAUUCCAGAUUUAGUUUCUAAGGGAGUUGAACAAAAUGGGAAUAAUCCAGAACGAGUGUGUACCAAGAAGACAGUAUCAACCAGAUAAUCCCCCCUCAUGCAAACCACAGUUUAGCUGGAUGAACCUUCCUGCUAGCCUCUUCCCCACCCCUGAUUCCACAGGGAACACUAAAGCAGGGGCAGCUCAUGAGUCCAUUGCAGUGCCCAAGUCUCAGCUGCAAGAAUACAGCUCAUUUCCCCCUCUUAGUUGUGGGUAACAUUGCUGGAUUGUAUCACUAGGCUUCAAGGGACCAAAGUAAAGGAGCUUGCAGGAGUGGGGUUGAUGUAACCUGCGUUUUGGGAGGAAGGAUUUUCUGAUGCCCCCUUCCAGCUCUUCAGAAGAUCAUGUCAUGGGAUUCUGGCCUUAUUGAGUGUUGUCCCCACCCUGUCCCCUGUCCCCCAACUGCCCCAGCGUUAUUCCUCAGGGAUGGCUACUGUCUACAAAGUUUGAUCUGCAAUCUAUCUGUACGUUUGGUAGGAUUGUUGUUUCCUGCCUUGAAACACCAUUCCCAAUCUAUCAUAGGUAUUUCCUCCUUGAGACAAGAUGUGGGAUUAAGCCCAUUAGAAGGGAGGGAAAACUGCCACCAUUUCAUCUUCCUCCAUGUUAGGUUCCUGUCUCCUGACCAUAUUUUUAACCUGUGGGGUCUAAAUCGUGCUGCCUCCUUUGGUUACCUUGACUGAGAUUCAAUUCAGAAGGGCAGCUUUGGACAUUACAUGCAAGUGAAAGGACAAAGUUCCUGCUUCCACCAACUAUGGCCUUUGCAGAAUGUCCACAGCUGCCCUCAGUCUAAAGAUCUGGAAUUCAUAGGUAUUUCCUUUCAGCUUUUGUCUACAGUUUCUAUAUAGUAUUUUACCUUAGAUCGCCACUCAUACAUACCCCAUGUGAACAUUCUUAACAUUUUAGCCUUUUUUCUAAACCCUUUCCCAACUGGAUUCUGAUGGUUUUCUGAGGAGAAAUAAUUGUGGUUCCAUUCAUCGUUAUUUUUGCCACGUGGGCAAGAGUAGCCUGUUUCAAUGAACUACCAUUAACUCCAGUGCCAGAACCACCAAAACCAGAAUUCGUUUUGAAGCUGCCUGAGCAGGUAUAGGGCAGUCUGUAGAGGGUCCCACCCCCAGGCCCUGUUCCAUUGAAGCAAUGGAUUGCUCCAGCUUUGGGGAAUGAUUUAACAACCCGCGCAGUCCACUGAGAACAGCUCUUGCACAAGCUUCCAUGGAGAUGAAUGUGCAGGUGUCCGAUUCUUUGCUAUCCAACCUAUGCAAGAGACAUUCUGGUGGAUUGUUGCCAUACUAAAGCAUGAGAAGGAGCCUGAUGCGAAUAAGCAGUUGUGAUACUUUCUGUAUUUGGGUUUCUGGUGCUAAGCGCUUGGCAGAUUCAAAUAUUUGUGGCUGAAGCCAGGUGAUCCUUCCCGCUCGCACUUGGUGCAAGCGGGAAUGCGGUUUUAACAAAGUCUUUUAAAAUACAUGUUUAGGUCUCUAGCCUUUUUAAAAAGAAAAAUACCCCAAACAGUCCACAAGGCAGUUGUUAACAAGCAUAAUUGGUCAUCUUGUUUCUUGCAGUUCAGCAACUCUCCAUCAGUCACCCCCCUCAUAGUGCACGGAUGCCUACUAGCAAUCUGUAUUUGAAGUAAUAACCUGGUCCCAAAAGCACCAGCCUCACACUGUUGCUGAGCAAUGGUUUCUAAGGAGACUGCUGUCUGGGAAACCGAUUCACCCGACCCGUAUUGUAUUCAGGAGUCAUAGGCUUAUAUCCUAGUCCACCCCAGCUGCCUCUGUCCUGGAACAGGGGCGUUGCUGCCAUUGGUUUUUUGCCAGUCUGUUUCAGGAUGCUGGUCCAGUAUUCUUGGCCGUGGUGCAGAUGCAAAGGAGGCAUAUAGGAGAGAUAAAAGAGGAAACAGCUUGUUUCUUUCACUUUUCUUCCACCACCCAGGUGGAUCGGAGUGGUAGGAAGGCCAUCUCCUGUAACCUUAACUCCCUAGCUGCUUUUCAUACCCAGCCUAGCUCCUCAAACCAUUGUAAAUUACGGGUAUCACUUAGGGGCAGAUAAACGGCUGGCAGGGUCCCAUCAGGAGAUGGCUUUCCUCCCGCAUUUCCACCUGUGCUACAAUUGAAUGAGGGGUGUGUGUGUGUUUGUGUUUUCCCCUCCCCGCGUCGACCAAUCCAGUUGCAAGAGCACUGAUGUAAGUAAAAUGCAGCCACAGGUGAUGUAGCCUGGAGACUGAAACCUCCCUUACUGUGCUUCCUCUACCCCAACCUCACUCCCCACCCCCAGUUGUUUUCAACAAAACGUAGCCUUUUUCUAUCAAAUAACCUCAAACUUUAUUUUAUUUUAAAUUUUGGGAUUUUUGUUUUGUUUUGUUUUUGCUUUUAAAAUAAAGAGGUAGAUUUGAAGUCUAUUUGAAACUGACUUUAUAUUAUGCAUAAAUAUUUAUAUUUUAUCUAAACUUGUGCUGUAACAGCUUCUUUUUGUGGGUUUUUUUUUAAAAAGUAAUGUUUUUUCCCCUGAUCUGUUGGGAUUUUUUUCUCAGCUAUGAGAAAGCUCUAGAGAGUUUGGAAGUGUUAAUUGUUGGGCUUUUGUUUUGUUUUGUUAUGGAAAUGUUAAAAUUUUUAGAUUCAAACCCUCACACCUUAAAAGAAUGAGUCCAGGUUUGUCCUAAUCUUGAUCUUCAUUAGGGGAGUCAGUGUAUAAAAUACCUUGUUGUUUUUUGAAAGUUACAUGCAUUUCCCCCCCCAAACUGGAUUUUGAGAAUUGCAACUAGAAUAAUUGGCCUUAUCAUCCAACUACUGGCUUUUUCUUCCCCCUUCAUCUUGAUUUGAUAUCAGAAAGGAACCAACCAACCCAACAUCCUGUGAGAUGCUCUGAACAGCAGGAAGAGGGGCAUCACACUUUUUAUAUGAAUAACCAAAUGUGUUUGUUUUAGUGAAUUUUUGAUAAUGUACAGUUUUUUGUGAAUUUAAAUUGAUUUCUUUCUAUAUUUUUAGGACCAACCUCAUUUUUAAUAAGGUUUAAAAGGAAGAGAAAAAAAAAUCUAGAAUUCCUGUUUGUUUCCUUGUGAUGUUUCCACAAGUACAGAUGUUAGAGUGCUUGUCAAGUUUCAAAGAAUAAACAAAAAAACAACCCACGUUUGAUAGAGAAGAAUGUGCUUGAGAAUGUUGUCUUUUUCUCGGGGCGGGAGGGGAGGGGCGUUGCUCUGCUACAAGCUGAACAUUAACCACUCUAGACACGGACUUGUUCCCCCUCCUCUGUGGCAACCUGCCUCAGUACCCUCUUAAGAUGUGGACCUCUGCAAUGGGUGCCAGAAAGCUUGAAGAUGCG